AAAGAGUGUGUGUGUGGUUGGUGUGUGUGUGUGUGUGUGUGUGUGUGUGACUGUGUGUGUGUGUUUGGGGAGCGGGGGGGGGGUGGGGAAUCGAGAAGGAGGAUGCCUUCAGCUCCUUGCACUGGAGAGCUGCGAUUUGUGCGUGGAACAUGAUGAAAUCUCCCCCUGGACAAAUCACAUCGAGGCUGUCAGCCACUCCAGGUGGGAUUAGCUGCAGCUAAUAGACUGAGCAAACAGAGUCCUGCGCUCAGUUUUAAAGAAAAAGAGAACCCACUGUGGAGGCUUUUCAAGAAUCCUCUUGAGCAUGGCUAAGAAAAACGGUCUCCAGUUACAUCAGGUAGGAGCGGGGUUUCUUUAAGGAGGAGUAAAGCGACCUCUCUCUCUCGAGGGUGCUGGUGGGGGGAGACCUUGCGCGAAAAGAAAACGCACUUAGGGAAGUCCGAGAUGGUUAAUAUUCUGAAGUUUCAGACUCGGUCAGCUUGCUUUUCCAGCAGUUAGGAAUUGUGGGCAAAGGGGAAUAUGUUGAAACUGCUGGUUUAUUCUAUUUUAAUUGUAAAUGUAUUUUAAAAAAACAAAAAGCAGAUCGGCUCCUGGGUGGUUUAUUAACUCCAGCUCUCUCUCUCUCGCCUUGUUCCCAGGUAAUAUCCUUCUUCACUUUUGCUGUUGGGGUGAACGUGUGCAUUGGAUUUACGGCCAAUAGAGUCCGGAGAUCUGGCGAAGGGGAAGAGUUCCCAUUUCCAGGUACAAUGAUGAUUUAAUUUGCCCGUUUUGCAACGCCUUGAUGUAUCGGGGUGAAGGAGCAAAUGGCUCCAAAAUGUAGUUUUCCUGUGUCCCCCCUCCCUCCCGUUCUGGAUUAUAGCAAAGGUUAUGUGAAAAAGCCUGAGUCUGUUGACAUUCUUGCUUAUAGGUAACCUAUUUACUUCUCUCUCUGCGUGUGUGACAUAGAGAAAGAGAGAGAGAGAGAAUGAGACCAUAUUUAAUUAUGGUCUGGGGUGAUAUAGGGUUUUGUGUGUGUGGUUACAUGGAACAAUGCAUUCUGUCACUUAACAAAAAAAUUAUACAUACACCGACUGCAGCAGAAAAUAAAAGUGAAGAGGGGUGGUUUAUUUAAAGAUAUGCCCUGUCUACCCCUCUGGCGCUGCAAUUCUUGUUUGAUUGGGACCAGUUUGUGUUUACUGAUGGAAAGAGAUUUCCUAUUAUCAGCGAAUCACGCUGACUUCUGAACUAGCAGAGGAAAUUUUGGGAGGCCAGGGUGGGGGAGAGGAAGGGGGACUGAGGAAAACAGGUGCUGCACAAAACAGAUGUUCUCUAAUGGUUAGGUUUUCGUUUAAAGUUGCAUGGUGUUAAAUUUCAAGAGGGAUUAAAAAAUGCACGCAAUACAUAUUUUCAGAUGUGGAAAAUGGGGCAGUGGGUGUGCUUUGCCUUAUCUGUGCUGUGACUGCAGCCAUGUGCAUGUUUACUUGGAAGUAGGACCUGGUGUGUACAAUGAGGCUUAUUCCCAGGUAACUGUACAUAGGAUUGCAUUCUACAUAUCCUCCAGCAAAUGAAAAUGGGGUGUUUGUCAGCACUUCCCUAAAUCUCAUAACAUCGCAGCGUUGGAAGGGACCUCAAGGAUCAUCAAGUCCAACCCUAUGCAGUGCAGGGAUAUGUAGCUUUCCUAUAUGGGGAUCGAAUCUGCAAUAUCUUGGCACUAUCUUGAUCAUUGCCCUCCCCUAUUAUAUAUUGCUAAUGGCUCAUUGCUGGAUGUUGAAUACUCUGUGUUUCCAGUAGCCUGUCCACACUGAUUUAAAAGGGUGUUUGCUGUUUUAGCUAAAAGCUGUACUAGAAAACACAAUGGGAGGUGGCUUCUAGCAUGGCAAUCAAAUAGAAUCUCCAUGGUUAAAAGCAGCAUACUGCUGAAUAUCAUUUUUGCUAGGGGAAACAUGAGGCAGGGAGGGCUGUUCCCUUAAGGACCGGGUUAGACCAAGGACCUAUUAAACUUGUUAUCUUGUUUCUAAUGAUGGCUAGCCAGAUGUCAUUGGGGAACCCUCUGCCACCCCCCUUUUGUCUGACCCCAGCAGCUGGUAUUUGGGGGUACAUGGAAGCUUAUGCUUAUCAACUUCCGAGAGGCUUUUGUUGACCACUGUUAGAAGCUCAGCCUCCAUUUCCUCCUUGUUCUGCAAAGUAGAUUUCAGACCUUUAUGCCCACAUGGCUCAGUUAGUAGAGCAUGAGACUCUUAAUCUCAAGGUUGUGGGUUUGAGUCUCACACUGGGGGAAAAAAACCCCCUGCAUUGCAGAGGGUUGGACUAGAUCACCCUUGCGGUCCCUUCCAAUUCUACAUUUCUAAGGUUCUAAGAUUACAUAUCUGCCCUUCCUUCAAGGAGCCCAAGGUGGCAUUCAUGGUUCUCCUCCUGAAUUAUAUCCUUGCAUCAAUCCUGUGAGAUGUACGGUAGGCUGAGAGAUGAGCUUCAUAACUGAAUGGGGAUUUAAAUUCUGGUCUCUUGGGUGUGAGACCAGCUCUCAACACACAGUAUCUCAUUCUAGUCCCGUGUUUCCAUCCUUUCAGAUCUGCAGUUCUCAGUGUUUUUCAGAACUGUUGACUCCAUACUGCUGUCACUUUUCUGCAACCCAUUAAACUCAUACCUUUAACCUUUGAGUAUAUUACCUGAAAGUGACUUUAAAGUUUCAGAGAAUUCGCUGUUAUUUAGAGUGGCAAGUGUUAAUAAUUAGAGAAGUUGAAGAUGGAUUGUUUCAUCCAUAAAAAGUUUUGUGGGGGAACUUUCUGGCUGUCAACUACCAAUGUGAUUACAAAUGUCUAUAGUGUCCUUAGAUCUUCAAUGUUCCCUUGUGGACCUUUCCGGUGGACGCAAACAUGCCCUCGUUUCGGCUGCAGCAUCCUCUUUCGUUUUUUAAACUACCCCAAGCCUGUUUGCGUUUGAGAAGCAGAAACUGCAGCCAAGUUGCUGUUUAUAUUGCAGUGGUGUGUAAGUGUAGGUUUGUUCGCUUUCCUUGCCAAAGUUGUUUCUAACGUAUCAAAGUAAUGGAAGCAGGAUGUAGAAAACUCGAGAUCAGAAAGCCUUGUGUUCCAGCAUCAUAAAUGGGAGAACUGAACGAUGGUCUGUGAAAAGGAGGGCGUGCUGUUCUGCUGGAUGACUUGCGUCUAACUGGUAACAAAUGCUCUGAUCAAAGGAGCCUUCUUCAGGCUCUGAUAAGCACAUAUGAUUCCUAUUAUUAGUAAUGGAAGUUGCAGAUGGGGCAGAGCCUCUUAUAAACGGCAAGUUGGACGUUUGCGGCAAGAGGCCUCCUGCACCUCUGCUGAGUUGGCUUGUGCAUUUAAGUACUUAACAUCCCUUUUGACCAAAUUCUGCUGUCUGAUCCAUCUGUUUUCUAAGCUCACAUGGAAAAUGUUUUCUCCAGCUGUUGCAGAAGAUAGCCUGCACCGUCCUUGCAGGUGCUGGAUACAGUGCUUGCAAAACACACACACACACACACACACAAACACCCAAGCAUAUGGCCAGAGUUAUUAAAACAGCCCAGCUGACAUUGGAAGGUUACUGCUUUCUGGAUGCUAACCACCUUUCGUAAAGGGGCUUUUAAACAGUACCCCCGGCUGCAUUUUGCUACUCUCUUUGCUAACAGAGUCUGAGCUGUGUGGAAAUGUGUGCUGAAAGGUUGCGGCAGCUUGGCAUGGCUUGCAAUAUACCUUGAGCAGUUUUCUUGACUUGCACAUGUCGUGGGUGAGAUUUUCCAAGUUUCUCGUUUGUCUGUUACAUUUACUGGUAAAGGACAAUGCGACCGAGAACAGCCUUUUUGACUCUCUCUCCCUUUAAAGUCGCUCAUUUAGAUAUAGGCAUUAUAUUGGCUUGUUAAACCUACAUUUUCAUGGCCACCAGAUGAGUAGUUUUAUUGUGGCUAGCACCUUAAGUACUGGGAAGUUUUAAACACCAAAGUGAACCUGGAUCUUUGUGUCUCUCCUGCGUGCUUUGGAGCAAAAUAGUAAUCUCUGCUGCUUGAAAGUAUGUGCCUUACUGGCGCUGCAUUAUUAUCAGUAUGCAAAUUAUAGUGGUGUGUUUUUAUGCCAUGCAUCAUGACCUUACCUGUCUUUUUUACUGCAUUUUUGCAGAUAGGAAACUGCUGAUCUAUACGUUUGUGAAACCAGCCGUAGUUUUGCCCUUGACUUUUCCCUCUGUGGUGAUACAGGAGACUGUAAUGUUCAGCAGUAUUCGUACUGUGGAUGUUUGUGCAUAGCAGUUGAUUUCUUGUGCCCUAGUCCUGUAAGGUAAACCGAUAUUACACAAUCGCCCCAGGUGGGAGAAGGAGACCAAGCAAUGCUAUUUAAAGCUUAUGUAGCUACCGUAUAUAGUCAGCUCCUUGGGCCCAUCUAGCCUCGUAUUUUGUCUUUGCUGACGGCCUGCAGCUCUCCAAGGUCUUGGGAGCAGCAUCUCCCAGCCUUUAAACUGGAGAUUGAACCAGGACCCCCUCCUCACAGAGCCCAUUUGUCAGUAAAAAGCAAGUAGCUGUUAUUAAAAGGAGUGAUUCUUACUGUUUCGGCCCCUUCCCUACCAUAAAACCAAGGAGGCAUUAUUAAAAGGAUUGAUUUGUAUCGUUAAACCACUUUGCAUUGCCAGGAGUGGGGCUUGGGUUUUCUCUGCCUGCAGAAUACUGCCAUUUAGCAGCAUGGGCAGUCUAGAUCUUGCAGAAUCUUUUGGCUCACCCAAAGCCUUUGUAUAGACCAUUGCAUGUACUAGAGAACUUGAGCUGUUAAGAACGUUUGUUAUGAAUGAAUAGCACUUUUCUUUUACCAAACCCAUGUCUGUUGGGCUCAAUUCAUAUGUUACCUUCAUGGCUGCUGCUGCCACAGACCCUACUCCCUUACAGAAGUAUAGUGGUACCUCGGGUUACAGACGCUUCAGGUUACAGACGCUUCAGGUUACAGACUCUGCUAACCCAGAAAUAGUACCUUGGGUUAAGAACUUUGCUUCAGGAUGAGAACAGAAAUUGCGCAGUGGGAGGCCCCAUUAGCUAAAGUGGUACCCGCGAUGUCAUCUAGCGAACUCUGAGGGCAACCCAUGAUGUCAUGUGCUGUAUUUGCCACCCUCUGUAGGGACUUCCUGUCCGUGGCUGUCAAACCAGUGUACCACACUGUUAUAGAGUAUGAAAGGACACUUUCUAUUGUGGCCCGGUAGAAGGAGGUCAUCAUUUGUUUGACAUUGUUCUUAUGCAAGACCCUAAGGAAAUGGAGUCUCUGUUGGGCCUUCCUAACCACCUGGGUUGUAUUGAUUUUCCAAGUGAGGUCUUCACUAAGGUGAACUCCCAGGAAUUUAAAGGAAGAGACUCUCUCCACACACAACGGGGCAAGUUCCUCUCUCUUCCUCCGAAAGCCCAACACCAUCUCCUUUGUCUUGCUGAUAUUUAGAUGCAAGUUGUUCUCUAGGCACCAUGUGGAGACUUUUUGAACCUCCUCCCUAUAUGCUGAUUCAUCUCCACCUGUAAUUAGACCCAUUAUGGUGAUAUCAUCUGCAAACUUGUUAAUUGCAGUGGAUCGAUCAGAUGAAAUGCAGUCAUAUGUAUACAACGAGUACAGGUAGGGACUCAGCGCGCAUCCCUGUGGGGUGCCAGUGCUGAGCUUUAGAAAGUAGAUGUGACAGGCCCAAUCCUCACUAUUUGUGUGUGAUCCCUCAGAAAGUCUUUAAUCCAAUCACAGAUGGUAGGGGGGAAGUCCAGGUCCAUCAGCUUUUUAAUAAGAAUGUCCGGAAGGAUGGUAUUAAAAGCUGAGCUAUAAUCAAUAAACAGCAUUCUGACAUAAUUCCCCGGUCUCUCCAGAUGACUCGCUGCAAGGUGAAAAGCUGUGGCUAUGGCAUCGUCUGUUGACCUAUUUCUCCUGUAAGCGAACUGGUGUUCAUCAAAAUCUGGUGGUAAAAACAUAUCCUAAGGUGUUGAAAAACCAAUUUCUCAAAGCAUUUCAUCACUACAGAUGUUAAUGCAAUGGGUCUGUAGUCAUUUAGACAGUUAAUUGCUGUUUUCUUUGGGACUGGGACAAUGGUGGCUGCUUUCAAACAUGAUGGUACACAAGCAGUCUGCAGGGAGAUGUUAAAAAUCCUUGUCAGGACCCCUGCUAGUUGAUCAGCGCAGUUUUUUACCACUUUCCCCAGCACCCCAUCCAGACCAGCUGCUUUGCUGGGAUUCCUCCCGUGGUAUUGCACUUUUCCUGGUACAUCCAUGUAGCAAACACUGAGAACCUACAGACCACAGCUGCUUUUUGUCACUUGGUUUUUAAAACCUUUAUCAAGUGGAUGCACAGCUGUCCGACCUGUUGGCCGCACAAUAUUUCUGACAUGGAAAAUGUUAAAAACCAUUCUUCACACAUAGCUAGUUUGUGUGAGUGUCACAAGCAACAAGGCUGUCACUUACGUGAAAUGCAAUAACACUUGCUGGGUUUUGCUUCCUAAAAUAAACAAUUGUGCAUGGAUUUCAACGGGACCCCCCCCCCCUAAGCCGAGGGUGUUUGAGGUGUUCUUAGCUGUAAAAUCAGGCUGGCUGGGUUCCAAGUGCAAAGACCUCUGCUGCUCAGGGUUUGCCAGUAAGCCAAAUGAAAUGGAUAAAUGAAACCAUUGAACUAACCCUUGAAAGACAACGAAAUGGCACACCGUGUCAUCGUCUUGUGAAAUGUCACACUGUAAUUUGGCAGGAGAUGAUGCAAGGGAGACUAAAAGCCAAAGGGGUAACCUAAGGAACCCAGCAAUGGAGCACCCACUUCCAUUUUGGUUCUGGUGCUGUUUUGUCUAAUGUGGUACCAUCCAGAUUAGGGAAGGCGAUGCUAAGCUUAGCAAUUGAUUUCUGUGAAACUGGUAGGAUGCUUCCUAGGGAAUAUGUAACAAAAGUUGUUGGAUUACGCUACAUAAACCAGUAGCUGCGGGAUUCUCAAAUCUUUUUAGAAAAACAAAUUUAGCCUAACAGACAACUGCGAAACUGUGCCUUUAGAUCAUGGUAGUGACACUGUUUUGGCUAGGGCUGAUGACUUGUUGUCCAAAAUGUCGGAGAGGUGCACGUUAUCCAUCCCUGUGCAGGACAACCUGAAAGUAAAGUGCAAUGUUUCUUAGCCAGCACAUGGUAUAAAUGAGUUAGAUUACUUUCCCUGUUCACUUUAGUCAUGGCAAGUCAAGAAUGACUUCAGCUGAAUGCUUCUGCUCUUGGUUUAACUCGACUGACUCUUUUGCUCGAAUACCCAGUUUUCAAUGUUUUAUGCUAUGAUCCAUUUAACAUGCUUCUUCCUUGUCUCCAACUCACAUUGCCCAUCAUCUCCCUCCCUGUCCCUCACACCACCCCUGAAACUUGCUACAAGCUGCCAGGGUUGGUUUUGCUGUGCUGUAAACCUGCAUCCUACCUUCCUCAUAGAUGGUCCAUGUGACUGGCUGGCCAAGACUUCUAGAGGGUUUGAGCCUUGACGCCUUCCAGGUCCUUGCCUGUUCUCCUGUCUACAACUUGGUCCCCAUCUCCAUGCUAUUCUCACCUUCCAUUCCUCCUGUCUUUGCGAAAUAAUUCUCAGGUCUUUGACAGUUUGUUUUAUGUCCAGUAUCCGGAGUUUCCAAUUACCAUAAGUUUGGUGAAACUGUGGGGGUUUCAAUGCAAAACUUGGAUUUUUGGUUUGGCACAAAAUCCAAACAGCUUUGAUUCAUUGCAGGUUAAUCCAGGAUAAGAAAAUGUGACUGGAGAACACACCAGCUCUUAGAUUGUUUGACGAGACUUAAACAGUCUCUUUUCUCCUCUCUUUUAUUGGGCAAUGCAGUGGGCCUGUUAGCUCAGAUUGGCAGUAAGUAGUUAUCUUUAGCCAGCUACUGGUUGCUUGACUCAUGGUGUCCUCUUUCUCUUUUUUGCCCCCAACACAGUCUUAUCCGAUUCCUCUUGGACCAGUCCUUCUGGAUCCUGCAAAAACAGGUGCUUUGAACUUGACGAGGCAGAGCCUCCAGGUUGCCGCUGCGACAACUUGUGCAAGAGCUACUUCAGUUGUUGUGCAGACUUUGACGAACUGUGUUUAAAGACAGGUAGGAGAGCUCUUAAGUGCCUGCUUUGUACAAAUCGCUACUGCUGAUGAGCGUUAUCGUGGCCUUUUCUACCUCUCCAUGUGCGCUGACACGCUUUUAAGACUUCUCAAAUGCAUGGUCGUGGAUUCUUCUCCAUAGCAGUUUGGGAAAUUUAACCUAAGUUUCCUCAGAAAUAGGAGCCAGAGCACUAACAGUGGGAAGUACAUCUGCAGACCUUUUUAUGUCUGGGAAAAGAUUCCCAGCACUACAACCAAAGCACUUGACAACACACGUUUAGCAUCCUGAAGGAAAGGGUUACCUACUCUCCAUUACCUCCAGUCUCUAACCACAAUCUUGCACCCCAGUCCAUGUCUUCUGACCUGCUUUCAGUUAGGCUCCUAUCCAAAGAGUCAGAAGAGCACCUGUCUGUAAUCUGAGGUGGUACAGUUCAGGUACAGUUUCAGCACCUCGGUGAGAGCUCAACCAUUGCUUCUGUCCACAUCUCCCAGAACUGAGCAUCUUUUAACACAGUGGGAAAUGCAGCUUGUUGAAAUCUUAGGACUCAUUUUUGCUACUAUUUCAUAUGGGCACGAUCCUAGAUUUCAGUGGGGGAAAGAAUUAAGCAUGUGUCGCCUAUAAGCCUCUCCUGUUGAAAGUCCUUGAAGUUGCUUGAAUUGUCUCCUUGUUUGGCAUUCAGUGCCUACCGAUCCACUUGACCUUACACUCUGGUUGCAGGAUUGGUUCAUAAUCACUUAAUAACCAACUUGUAGUAGGACAGUGGUGUGUGUGUGUGUGUGUGUGUGUGUGUGUGUGUGUACACGUGUGUGUUAAGAAUUGUAUGCAAGCAGAAUAUAAGCAAUCUCUUCCAUCUUUUUUUCCUUUUGUGUGUUUUCUUGGAAUUAUGCCACAACAUGGCUUGGAUUGUACGUGAACAGAGGGAAGUUCACAGGAGAAAAAUGGCCCCAUUUUCCUUCCCACCCCCUUCGGUUGACUGCCUCUUCAAAAAACAACAUACACACAUACCUUCUUUGGAGGAAAAGGUGGCUCCCUCCUGAACAAUCAUGAAUGAGGCAUAGACGGAGGGGAGGGGAGGGGAGGUGAAACUGUCCAAAGCUUGGAAAGGUUUGGGGCAAUUCUUCUUCACUCCACCCCACAUGUUGAGGAGGGAGCCUUGGCAUGGACAUAGUGCUAAACUACAAUCCAGUAUUGCAAGAACAAGUCAAAGCGAGUGCCAUUCUUGCACAGUCACCCCUCCUGUGGCAUAAUCGCCAGGUGGAAUUCAGAAACAUUCACUUCUGUUUUAGACCACCAUGUAAUCUUAAUGAUGGUUAGUGGAAACAAGCCAAAUUCCAGCCCAUAAAACUGGUUUGUUGUCACUAACCAUAGGAGGAGGGCCAGCUUGGCCCUGCAACUGUGGGUGCCCAGGGUCGUGCGUGUCAUGCAGUGUGCAAGGCCCUAGUGCCAAAAUUUGUGGGUGCCUGGACCCUUCAUGGGGAAUUUGGUGAGUGCUCAGGGCCCCAGGGAGCUGGCACCUAUGUACCAUAGUUUAAUAACAGAUUAACCAGAGUUUAGAGUUUAGCUGGAGCUUCCCAUCUCUUUGUAUGGAUGUGCUAGAGAAGGGAGGGAAAGGUAUGUGAGUCCAUGGCUAGCCUGGCCUCAUUUGUAACACUAAACUAUGGUUUGAUGUUUGUUGUAGCCAGAUGCAGCCAGUGUACAUAUUACACCCGGUUACUUGAUAGAACUGCUCAAACAUGUCCUUAUGAAAGAAAAGAAGUGCAAGUAUGGAAUGCUUUACAGUCUUUACUCCAUUGCUUCUUCUAACAUAACAUUUUAUAGAUUGGAGGAAGUGUCAAUGAGCAUGGCUGAGCUGGGAUUGAAAUAGCUCUCUCAAAGUUCUGAGUCUCUGGACACAUUUAAAAGUACAUAUUUACACUGGUUCAACAGUGAGCCCUUCUGUGGGGGGUGGAUAGCAUGUAGCUAACAAACUGAACCCCCCCCCCCCGGAUUUUGGGGGAUAAGGCCAUGGCCUUUAAGCUGGAAUAAAGGCAACAGCAACGUAGCGUAGAUAACUCCUAUGUCCUGGACCCUGCUACCUUUUGAGCGCAACUAAAGCAUCAGUGGCUAAACUUGGACCCUCCAGACAUUGUUGGACUACAGCCACUCCAGGUUCAAAAUGAAAACAUCCAAUAAGGUGAAAAUUGCUGUGGAAUUGUUUUGCCCCAAAGGUGUGGGGCACAUGUGCAUAGUUGUCUUUAAGAAACCACUGUCUUCAUGUUUUUUGUUUUUGUGAUAAUGUUAGCUGGAGGCUGGGAAUGUACGAAAGAGCGAUGCGGAGAGACGAGGAAUGAAGAUCAUGCCUGUCACUGUUCUGAAGACUGCUUAUCCAGAGGCGACUGUUGUACUAACUACCAAGUUGUUUGUAAAGGUACUUGUUUUCGUUCUUCUAUCUGCUAAAGGAAUCCAAGCAUUCCGGAUCAUGCUCCUCCUAAGCAUGUUUUGGAAGGGAGAUGUGAGUCACCUAGUCCAAGCUGACUGAUGCUUCAUUCGUUCUGUGAUGCUUCCCCUAAGUUGGCGCACUGCUAUCUGGAGAGGCUAUAGUGCGACAAAAGUGGGAGAAAACUUCUGGGAUGUUUUUGGUGUUACUAGUUAUGGAUUUCAGCAGGAAGUUACAGAACAUGCACCAAUUGGAAAUGAAGCAAUAUGACCACCCCAAAACAUUUGCGGGCACAAAUAAUAUUGAGAGUGGUUAUUUAAAAGCCCAAUUAAAGACACCACUUCGGAGAUGUGUACCCAUGUAGAAACUGUUGACAAGUCCUUUUUUUUUCCCCAUGAGAUGGUUCUGAUAUUUUUGUACUUAGUGACAGAAUAACAACAACAACAACAACAGUAUAGUCAUGCUGUUCUAUAGGUGAAAUAGGAUCUCCCAAGUGGCCUCCCAUCUUUUCCCUUGUGAACAGCCAAUAGCAAAAGGUUUCUAUGACUUGAUGACCUGUUUGUUGAGCAUCCAUCCUGAUUUGUUUGCGGGGAGGUUAGAUGAUGGGUUUGCAGCAAAUGCUACCCAACAGUUUCCAGGGCAUUUUCCCACCACUUUCCAUCUUGCAAAAAACAACAACAACACACUUUAUUUUUAUUGCUCCAAACACACUUUAAUUGCGCAACCUGAAUUUGCUGGGGUGUGAUUGAAUCUCAUCUGAAAAUAGCAACAGAGGUGCAUUGUUUAUAUAUGCUUCCAGCCAUACUAGUCAGGCAGAGUAUACUGUUGUGAAAGAUGCCGAUGAAAUUUUUAACUGUUAAAAAAGGGGCCUUGGAUUGUGAAACGGUGAAAUAAUUCUUUUCAGGAUUUUGUCACCAUGAGGUUAGGCAUCCAAAGAUGCAGUGAGCACACACUGGACAAUGAACAUGCAGCCAGAAAGAAGUGUUGAGUUAAAACACACACACAGUUUGGCAAACCUGCACCCUACACAUCUGUAUACAAUAAAAGAUUCUAAGAUUGGCUAUGAUCAUUCAAGGAUUCAUGAAAACAAACAAGGCAGUGCAGCUUCAAUCCCGUGUGCUCUUUACUCGAGAACAAGCCCUGAUGAUCAGUAGGACUGACUCCUGCAGAAACAUAUAGGAUCCAGUUGCCUGCCGUCACCUUUGCUGUAAAUGGAACUUGCAACUGUAUAGGGCGUGUACAAAAUGGUUUUUAUUAUCAUCCCUCUUUAGGAGAGACUCACUGGGUUGCGGAUGAAUGUGAGGAUACACGGACGCCAGAAUGCCCAGCAAAGUAAGUGCUUUGUUUUAUGUACUUAUUUUUAUCAUGUAUAGGAGAUCUAAUAAGUGUUGGCUGCCACUAAGCGGUUCGUUUUUGUGUCCUGUUGUGAAAACUGAGGCUUAUUGCAAGCAUCUAAAGAAAGGAGAACCAUCAUACCGUAUACAUUUUCUGGACGAUAUCCAGUUGCGGCAGCCCAUUUGCAGAACAGCCAUUCUGCUAGUGAGAGCACUUAUUUACGAUUAUAUACAAUAGCCAAAUCAAAUGGAUGUCUUCCGCUUGCAAAAUGCAUUGUUCAGCCCAUAGUGCAGCAGCUACUAUAUACUCUUUGUCGAUUUAGCUUUGUGCUGCUGCUACUACUUGCGCAACAGCACAGACUCUUGCACAACAUGGUGCUAACAUUGCACUGGAUCUCUCUCCAUGCCUUUACAUCAAAAUCUUCUUGUUGUUCUUCUUUUUUGGCAAUCACUCGCAGCCGUGUAAGAUUGUCUUCCAUUAACAUGGUCUUAACAAUGAGUCUGUAAGUGACUGUGGAGGCCAAUUCUGGAUCCACACGUCCUUCCACAGUGGGGACAUUGGGUUCAGGAUGGGAGUUGAUCACGGUGAGGGUUUGCCAAGCGUGCCUUCCUCUUAGCAUGUUUCUUCCUUUCGUCCUGAGUUCGAGUGUCUUCAAAGCCCAUGGCACCUUUGGUAAAGGCUGCUCUCCAAUUGGAGCACUUGCAGGCCAGUGCUUCCCAGUUGUCGGUGUUUAUACUACAUUUUUUAAGAUUUGCCUUGAGAGAGUCUUUAAACCUCUUUUGUUGACCACCAGCAUUACGCUUUCCAUUCUUAAGUUUGGAAUAGAGUAUAGUAGUUGCUUUGGAAGACGAUAAUCAGGCAUCCAAACAACAUGACCAGUCCAAUGAAGCUGAUGUUGAAGAAUCAUUGCUUCAACACUGGUGAUCUUUGCUUCUUCCAGUACACUGGCAUUAGUUUGCCUGUCUUCCCAAGAGAAAUGUAAAAAUAUCAAAAUAUAGGGUUGUAUUCAACUAAGUCCUACUUGAAGUAGUCCCUCUGAAAUUACUGUUUUACACUGUAAAACUGCCCUGUGAUCUUCAGGUGAAGGACAGUAUAUAAAUUUAAUAAAUAAAAAUAAUGAACCUAAGUCCUGUUUAUUAACCUCAAUGUGUUGGCUCUGAGUAGGACCAGCAGUGAAUACUACCCAUAUAUUACAAACUUAUAAUGACACCAUUUUCUGAUGGCAAUGGGACUAAGUUUCCCUGUGGAUUUUUAACGAAAGAUAACUUAUCUGCAUGGAAGCAUAAAGGUAACAAAUAAAUUUAAAAAAUACUUAUAAGAUGAUGCCUUAUUUAUUUAUAUAACUCAAAUGAGUGAAGGGCAUGUGUGCCUGGGAUUUUUGGCUCUGCUCAGGCGUAAAAGUUGUCCUAGGUCACUUUGACACCAAGUGAAGUUGUCCUGAAACCACAGAGAAGAGGCUUUCUUUCCCAAUUUGUUUUGCCACAUCUUUACUCCAGCUUUUAAGUUCAUUAGUAACAUGCUUUGCCUCCCACAGUUUCGUUCGCCCCCCAUUGAUUAUCUUUUCGGUCGAUGGCUUCCGUGCAUCGUACAUGAAGAAAGGCGACAAAGUGAUGCGCAACAUUGAAAAACUAAGUAAGUGCAUGUGCUUUAUUGGGACAAAAGCCCUUUUUUGUCUUUGGCCCUUCCUAAACUGCAAUUUAAAAUGUAUUUAGUAAGCCCUACUGAACAGAGAUAAGCUGGAGACUGGAGACUGGUGACUGGGAGUGGUUGCCACAUAACACCGCUCUUGAAAGACCUACAUUGGCUCCCAGUACAUUUCCGAGCACAAUUCAAAGUGUUGGUGCUGACCUUUAAAGCCCUAAAUGGCCUUGGUCCAGUAUAUCUGAAGGAGAGUCUUCACCCUCAUCAUUCUACCCGGACACUGAGAUCCAGUGCCGAGGGCCUUCUGGCGGUUCCCUUGCUGCAAGAAGCCAAGUUACAGGGAACCAGGCUGAGGGCCUUCUAGGUAGUGGCACCCUCCCUGUGGAACACCCUCCCAUCAGAUGUCAAAGAGAACAACAACUACCAGACUUUUAGAAGACAUCUGAAGGCAGCCCUGUUUAGGGACGCUUUUAAUGUUUGAUGCAUUGCUGUAUUUUAAUAUUUUGUUGGAAGCCACCCAGAAUGGCUGGGGAAGCCCAGCCAGAUGGACGGGGUAUAAAUAAUAAAUUAAUAUUAUUAUGAUAAGCAUGUACAGGAUUGCACAGUUAGCGCAGCGAAACACCAUGUUUCAUGAUUGACUUGAAUGGCAUCUGCUGUAUGUAAACAUCACAGCACCGAUCUAUAUUAAAACCACACCACAAACUUCAUUUUCAGGGUCCUGUGGGACACAUGCGCCAUAUAUGAGGCCUGUCUACCCUACAAAAACCUUCCCUAACUUGUAUACCCUGGCGACGGUAAGUUUUGCUGCUGGUUUUAUGAGUAUAUAGGAAAGCUCCUGCUUUUCUGUAGAUAUCAAAUGAGUGGUGGUUGGUGAUGAGGAAAGCCUCUGAGAUAUGUUGUUGUCCUGCUUUGAUGCGGGGAAGGGAAUGGUCACCGAGCCGAAGGGCAAAUUUGCAUAUACCUGUGUCAUGUGAAAAGACCAUGGAAGGGCUUAGGUGAGAAGCUGGUAUUUAACCUGUUGAGCUUUGUGAGAGUAUAAAAAAGUUUUGACUUGAGCUAUCCUCCCCUCUAGCAGGCAUUUGACCAUCCGUAUUUGCUAUCAGUUUGGAAGUGAAUUGGGUUCAUGCCCUUCUACAUACUUGGACUCAUUGGUACCCGCCAUAGUUGUUGCUAAAUUUAAAAAGAGAAAUUUCACACACACACACUGAAAAAAACAACACUCCAGCUCUCUGUCAACUUCCAGGAUCUGUUUGAUUUCAGUCCUUUGGAUCACUGAGAGUAAAGAGAUUAGAGUAACUAAUCUUAUUGUCUGGAGAAGCAACUUCAGGAAUCACCUUGGACUCCGAACCAAAACUCCACUCUUUGCUCCAUUUUGGGGUGAGGGGUGGGGGGCAAGGCCAGGCUACUUCUCAACUACAGCUAUGCUUAAAUGUUGAGUAGAGUUUGCUAUGAGUAGCAGGCUGUCUUCCAUACUAGGGAAGGGGAGGUGUAAAAUGGGGUCUGGAGGAACUGGGUUCUGAAAAACUGUGAGUCUGGAAAUGGAAGUCUACGGUUGAGCCAUGAAUUGUUAAAGGCGCCCAUUUCUUUUAAAGGGGAGCAAUGAAAUUGGGGGAGCAUUUUAGUUAAUAGUAUUCUGGAGGCAAGAUUAUGACUGUGGAGGAGGCAUGACAUGAGGUUAAACUUGCCUCUAAAGCAUCCUUGUUCAGGAUUCACAGCUUACCCCACUCCAUUACUCUUUUGCACAUGGGGGAAAAGGGUUGAAGGGAUCCACUGCCAACUUCAGAUGGUAUUACAAGACUUCCAUUCUAGACUGGCUGGAAGUCAGUUAGUGAUUAGGGAUACAGCUGGCAAUAUUGCAUAUAACUAGAUUUGGACUUUGUUAGGGCAGCAAUCAAGUAACCAUUAACUGCAUUAUCUCUCUUCUUUCUUAACUCUUGGGCCAUGUCCUGAUUCCUGUGUUGCUUACACUGGUGUAUACCCACAUAAUCAGUGAUGGGGAAAGCACUAGUGUUGGGGAAACCUAACAGAAAAGAGCUUUUAAGUUCUCUGCCUUGCUUGGGAGGCAAGGCCCCCUUGGUGUGCCAGCUCUGGAAGGCUAGGGAUGCUCGCACUGGGCUAUUCGAGUAUAUACAUUUUGCAUAAAUGUGUAAUCCUCAGAAAUAUAACCCCCAUGUAAGAUGUGAUUGUACUGUAUUGCACAAGAUUAGUCAGCAGAUUAGCAUAGCGAGAUGGAGGCCUUAACUUGGAAGACCAGUUUUUAGCACUUCAACAGAAAAAUAGAAGUCUUCCCACGCACUAUGAUUUCCACUGAAACUGCUAUUCCCCCCCCCCCCCAUUAUAAGGUCAUAUUGAAUAGUUAAUAAUCUGUUUUAUUUUUCAACAUUUCCAACACAAAGGGCCUCUAUCCUGAAUCCCAUGGAAUCAUUGGCAAUUCAAUGUACGAUCCUGUAUUUGAUGCUGCUUUCAGCCUCAGAGGCCGAGAAAAAUUCAAUCACAGGUGGUGGGGAGGUCAGCCGGUAAGUUUCUGUUUUGUUUGCCUUAGCGAAAGUGAAUCAAUAAAAAUAAUGGACAUUUUGUGUGUGUGUGUGUGUGUGGUAUUAAAUCUUCUGGCUUUUAUGUCGGCACGAUUGGGGCCAGCUAUGUCAAAAAUUAGUCAUGACUCGGCUUCAGUGGGAGUCGGGGAUAAUGUCACUUUUACUCUAUUGGUUUUGAGUGAGACUUUGUCAUGGCUAACUUCUAGCCGGAUCAGGGUUGCUAGAUUGGUUAUGCAGAAAAGCCUAUUAAGGGAAGUCCUUGCUGAAAAUUGGUUCUGAUACUGCUAAAUAUAAAGGUAAAGGUAAAGGGGCCCCUGACCAUUAGGUCCAGUCGUGGCCGACUCUGGGGUUGCGGUGCUCAUCUCGCUUUAUUGGCCGAGGGAGCCUGCGUACAGCUUCCGGGUCAUGUGGCCAGCAUGACUAAGCCGCUUCUGGUGAACCAGAGCAGCACAGGGAAAUGCCGUUCACCUUCCCGCCAGAGCGGUACCUACCGGUAUUUAUCUACUUGCACUUUGACGUGCUUUCGAACUGCUAGGUGGGCAGGAGCAGGGACCGAGCAACGGGAGCUCACCCCGUUGUGGGGAUUCGAACCGCCGACCUUCUGAUCAACAUGCCCUAGGCUCUGUGGUUUAACCCACAGUGCCACCCACGUCCCUUCACUGCUAAAUAUAGCUUUAGCAAAAGACUGGGAUGCCCAUCAUAAUGAUACUCUGGUUUAAAAUUUGGUUUAAAUUCUCUUUAAUUAUUUUUAGAAAUACAGUGGACGCUUGGGUUGCAAAUGUGAUCUGUGCGGGAUGCACGUUUGCAACCCGCAGCGUCCGCAACCCGCAGUGGCGUGUCUGUGCAGGUUGUGAUUCGGCACUUCUGCGCAUGCACAAAGUGCGAUUUAAUGCUUCUGCGCAUGCACGUCUGCCGAAACCCGGAAGUAACCUGUCCCAGUACGUCUGGGUUUCGGUGGUCCGCAACCAGAAAAUACGCAACCUGAAGUGUCUGUAACCCAAGGUAUGACUGUAUCCCUGUGGCAGUGUGUUUCUGUAGCUAUAAAAUGCAGUCUCCACCCUCCUUCAUUUUAACACUUAACAAUAGAACUUGUUCCAGCUGGUUACAACCCUUCUAUUGCCAAUUCCACCUGGCAACGCCAAGAGUGUUAUGGGUCAAAAGCUUUUUGAAUAAUUUAAGACACCACCAUGGCAGUAUCCUGCUCGUGUAAACAGAGCCUUAUUAGGAAUAUCAAAAAGGUGUUUUACACUUUCAAAAAGUGAAAGCAAAUGCAAGGGACCCGUUCACCCGGGGAGAUUGAUCUAUGGCUCUUGUUAGUACAGUGUCCAAAAGGAACAUGGUGCUCCUACAGGCAAUAAGGCAAAAGGAAGCAUUUUUCUUGUGCAGUGUUCCCAGAGAUGACAUUGAACUCCUAUUGAGUCUCUGAUUGCUCCCAUGGCCCAGCCCUACUGUUAGGCAAAAGUCAGGCAGCAGAAAAGAUUCAACCGCAAUUCUGAUUGGGUUCCAUAUGUGGGAUGGGGAGUCAUUGUAUCCUUGGCCUUCAGCAGCAAAAUACAGUGGUACCUCGAGCUACAGACACUGCAGGUUACAGACGCUUCAGGUUACAGACUCUGCUAACCCAGAAAUAGUACCUUGGGUUAAGAACUUUGUUUCAGGAUGAGAACAGAAAUCGCGUGGCGGUGGCACAGCAGCAGCAGGAGGCCCCAUUAGCUAACCUCAGGUUAAGAACAGUUUCAGGUUAGGAAUGGACCUCCAGAACGAAUUAAGUUCUUAACCCGAGGUACCACUGUACUGGCUGUGGCUGGAGGUGCUGUGUUUUUUGCCAGGCUCCCAAGAAGGGUUCCUUAAGAUGCUUUGAAGCUGAACCUUCUAACUUAGAAUUGCAAGCUGGGGGUUUAACGGGGCAGCAACUGCUAAUGGGUAGAUCACGGAGGAUAAAUGGUUGAUGAUAGUCUCAACCAUUGUGCGCAGCCCAGUGCCACACCUCUGUCCUAUAAUUUUGUUCCACUGCAAGAGAUAUUUUUUCCUCUUAUGUUUUUUCAUUCCUGUGUAGGUGGCAUGUGGGUGUUAAGGGGUGUACAGUGUUUGAAGAUAGUGUAGAGCCUUCAUGUGGUGGUCCUCAGCCUGUGUGGUGAUCUUAACUUGCGCAACCUGUGUUAAAAGCUGAAUUCUUUGCAUGACAGUGAAUACUCACAUAUGCAACCGGCUUGCUGUUGUGAGGCUGGAAGCUGACAUUGUACUUCAGACGUUUGUGUGUGUGUGUGUGUGUGUGUGUGUGUGUGUGUGAACAUCAUACUGGUGACUUCAGAGACUGAAAUUUUCAGCAUCCGGAAAAAGGCACCAGCUUGCACAAUCAGGAUUUUAGCUCUGUUCUUUUAAUUUUUUUCAGUUAUUAAAUAACCAUGACACUGAUUCUCUAACCUGUUAAUCAAGGAAACUAUUCAGAUUUCUGCUGCUAGCCCGGUUGGAUGCAAAUGCUCAAAUUCUAAUCUGUAGAACUGGAAGCCAAUGUUUGGGGCUGAGGGUCGGGGAAGGUUUUAUUUAUGACAUUUUCUUUUAAUAAAUGUACCGUCAUGUAGCCGACGGUCUGCCGCUCUUUGUAAUCGCCUUAUAUUUUCCUAAUUAGAUAUGGAUUACGGCUGCCAAGCAAGGGGUGAGAGCUGGUUCAUUCUUUUGGUCUACGUAAGUAUACCCGCACAAGACAGAACUGGUAACAUAAUCACAAUUAACAAGAACUGGGAAGCAAAUGCCAUAGAAAUCGACAGGUCUUAAUUUUCAAGGAAGGAUAGAAUCGGGCUGAAAAAUGUCCCUGGCUUCAUCUCUUGGGAGCUUUCAAUUCAGGCAACAUCUGUUUUCCAAUUUGCCCACCACUGAUACAUGUGAUGAAGUGUUUUGGAAAAGCACUGUAUAAGUAACUAUUAACUAAGAACCAAUGCAGAGGAUACACUAUAAAGAUAAAGUAAAAAAUGAAGUGAGGAGGGGAAUGCAAUCUGUGUGGCCUUCCAGAUGUUGCACUGCAGUGGUCAGGCAUUAUGGACAAUGUAGCCCACCAUAUCUGGAAAACCUGUUGCCUACCCCUGCUUUACACCAUUGACACUCCAGAAAUUACUGGUAAACUGCAGUAGAUGGUGGAGGCUCUAUCUGUGGGACUAAACCCACCUACGAUAACCCCAAAAGUUAUUUCCUUAGCAACUUGGUGUACAGAAUAGCAUGAAAGUGGGAUGAAAGGAACCUGUUGAAAUUGCCUUGGGUCAGAACAGAUGGGAAAGUCACAUUUAUUAUUUUAACAUUAACAGCAAAUGUCUGUUUCUAGCUUAAUGCUUCCUAGGUGGUUUUAACAUAGGCAGGGGAGCCUGGGGUCCUCCAGGCAUUUACUGAGCUACAGCUGCCUUCAGCCCUGACCAUUGGUCAUGCUGGCUAAGGCUGAUGGGAAUUGAGAGUCCCAGCAACAUCUGGAGAGCUGCAGGUUCCCCAUCUGCAUGGCCCAGGCGCAUAAGGUGCACUGCUGGCUGGUGGGGAUGUGGCAGUGUAAAUACGACACAGGAGACCAUUGGAUGGGUUAAAUUAGGAUGCAACUUUAUUGAUGACAGGUGUAAGCCAGUUUGGCAUAAGGCGUUGGGUAAGCAUCUGCCCUCAACCAGCCUGCCUGCUGGUUGCACCCAGGGUGAGUUGGACCUGGCAUGACGACUAACCCUAGGCAUGGAUCAAGAGGGGCAUCCCUGACAGUGUUGUCUGGUGCUAUGGCCCAUUGGCCUUGGUGUGGGCACCCAGACAGUUCUACCCCUUCCAGGACCCAUUUAACGGGGUACCCAGCUGUUAAAAGGCUGCCUUAAUUGCCCAAGUCUUGACGUUUGCUCUGAGGCAGGCAAAAAGCUGCAGAAGGGCUCAUUUGUCUGCAGGAAAUAUUCCUCCCUGGCAGUGCUGUCUUUGGCAUAUGUGCCGCCUGGGUGCAAAGAUCCGCCCAGCACCCCCUUUGUGAAUGACAAGUGCCGCCGCUGGUGUGGCAUGUCUUUGGUAAAUGAGCGCACAAAGUUGAAAGUCCUUUAGUGAAACUUUGGUAAAAUCUAGGUAUAUAUGUAUUUUGUUUUUCUAGCUUGAUCAAAAUUAUGUGUAUUUUUGGUCUUUGUUGGAAGCUGCCCAGAGUGGCUAGGGAAACCCAGCCAGAUGGGCGGGGUAGAAAUAAUAAAUUAUUAUUAUUAUUAUUAAUUAUUUAUUUCAUAACAGGUAGAUAGUUAAGAGAUUAGGCGGCUUCAGCGAUGUCUGCCUGGCGCCCCCCCCCCGAAUUCGGCGCCCGGGUGCCCCGCACCCCUUGCACCCCCGGGUAAAGAUGGCCCUGCUCCUUGGCUCUCAAUAGGGUGACCAAGUAAUUCGUAGCAAGGUCCAUACCACCUCAGCUCACUCACCUUUGGGCUGAAACACAUGCACAUGAUAACAUGGGUGGGAGGGCAGGUGACCCACCGACAAUCAGGUACGUGCUGGGCACUGGGCACCACUCCCUUUUACUGCCCUGGCCUCUGCCCUUUGCCUAGACCCCCCCCCCAGCUCCCUCCUGAUUGGCCAAGAGGGUGGCCCAGAUUCAUGUGGCUGGACGAAGAGGCCAAGCCUCCUCUGACUAACCGCAUGGACCCCUCCUUCCCCAGUUCUCAGUCCCAAGCUGCACUGGGCAGCAAAUGGGACCCACCCCCUAAGCAACGGUAAGCCUAUUCUAUCAUUUAACAGGCUUUGUUACGGGAGAACCCUAGCCAUGGUUAUUAGCAGCAGUGUCUACGUGCUCUCAACGUGAACCACAGUAUAGAACUCAAGCAUAGCACACCCAUGCUUUGUGACGGUAUUGCGCGUGAAUACGGGCCAAAAAAUAAAAUAAAAUUGUGCAGCUGUUUCUUACUCAGUUUGCUCUGUUCUGUUCUAGUAUGAUCCCUCACGAGCGCAGAAUAUUAACAAUCCUCCAAUGGCUAACCCUGCCAGACAAUGAAAGGUAAGUCAUAUUUUCUUUUCCCUUCUAAGUGUGGCUGAAUGCCAGCGUUGCCAAUAUUCUCUGUAGAUCGCAAGCUUUGAUCCACUGUCCUGCUCCUUGUUGACCAGCUCAUGACGUGAAUGCCCUGUUAUUGUGGACGUGGACGCUCUUGUUAUUAAUGACAUGGGCUAGGGUCGGUUGGCACAGAGUGUCUGUGUGUUUGAAAUGCUGUUUCGUCUAAUGUGGCUUAAUGAGUGUUGGACCCUGAGAUUUGGGCUGAUGUCAAGAUUUUUAAUUGUGUCGCUGAGUACACACAGCUCUAGACCCUGCCAGCGGGCACAAUCUUUAGCUGUUAUUAUUGUUGUCCCUUUCUCCUGACCUCCGUUACACAACUGUGGAAUGUUUCUUCCUGAGUCUUUGUUCAGCACCUCUCAGCAUCCCUUCUAAUAUUUUUAAUGAAGUUGCGGUACAACGAAGGGCUUAAUCGGACUGUGGAAAACUUGCAACAGAGUUGCAGUCCUCUUGUUUAUCUCCUUCUGAAGGCAAGCUUUGUUUGAAAGGGUUGGUGUGAGCUAACCUGCUAAGGGAAAACUGUUCAGAAAACAAUUUUCUUUUCUUUUAAUAACAUUUUAUUGAUUUUCCAAAAAUAACAAAAAUAAAAACAACAAUACAAAAAACCAAAAACAAAUUGACUUCCCUCUAAUCCCUUCCUUGCUUCUGUUAUCAACAUACUGCAUGUCUAUUGUUAAAUUUUAACCUAUAUAAAUCCCUAUUAUCCAUUCAUAAUAAAAUUACAAGUAAUCUUGAAACCCUGUGAAUGUAUUAACCUGUGUACAUUGCUUCUGUAAAUAUGCAAUAAACAUCUUCCAUUCUUCCUUAAAUUCGUUGCUGUCUCUUCCGCUUAGUUUCAUAGUCAAUUUUGCCAUUUCAGCAUAUUCCAUCAAUUUAACUUGCCAAUCUUAUUUUGAUGGGACACCUUCUUCUUCCUAAUGUUGUGCUAGUAAGGUCUGUGUGGCCGUUGUUGCAUACAUAAACAAGUUCUUUUGUGAUUUCGAUAGGUCCGCUCCUAUAAUACCCAAUAAGAAAGCUUCUGGUUUUUAAAAACAUUUUUCUUUUCUUUUCAGGCCUUACGCUUAUGCGUUCUACUCUGAGCAACCAGAUAUCGCUGGCCACAGAUAUGGCCCCUUUAGCUCUGAGGUUAGUAUAGUUCCUCUUCCGUAAAUAGCAUGGCCCUGAGCUCAGAGUUGGGGGAGCCUGUUGCUCUCCAGAUGUUGCUACACUCCAUCCUCCUUGGUCAUUGGAUAGUUGGAGGCCAUGAACAUCUGGAGGGCCACAACUUCCUUACAAUUUGCAUUACAGCAAAAGCCAUAGAAAGGCUAACCUUUGGCUGAAUUGUGUGUGUUUGAAGCUGAUGGUUUAAUCUGCACAUUGGUAAGCAUCCAAUGAGAGGAGAGUCUGUGGAAAAUAGGAAAGCUAUAUAAGUAAAAGGGCAGGAAAACAAUCCUGAGAACUUCCAGCUCUAAGAAGUCCCUCACGGAGUGUCAUAAAAUCAUAGACGUGUGGCUUUAGGCAGGAGCAAAAUUUAUCAUUGACAGGCCACCUCUUGGAUAUAUUCGAAGUUAAAGAGUUUUAAAGAGCAGUGUGUGGAAAACAGCAUUUCUUGUGGUGAGGUUAUGUUUUCUGCUAUAUAAUAACUAUAGCAGUUAAUGCUAUAGCAGCUCUCUGAGGUUCCCUCCUUUUCGUUUUUAAGGAAAUGGCUUUGCUUCAUUUUUUGCAUUUGGCAGAUGUGUACCUAAUAAUCAGGCCCAUUUUAAUUGUUAAUAAAGAGCAUCACUCAAUAGAUAGAAUCAGUAAGUUGGCCAGAAAUAUUGGUGCUCCUGAUGAGCAACUAGAUGUUUAAAAAUGCAACGCAACCCUCUUUUAGAUUGCAUUUCUGGAAACCCCCUCUCUGACCGCAAUCCACAGAACCACUCAGCUAGCUCCAGCAAUGGGUUUUUGUGUGUUACGAAUGACUGCCUGCCUUUGCAUGUCAAACCGCUUGUGAAAUUUAGAGGAGUUUCCCAAGUGCUUUGAUAUAACAGGGUCUCUUUAAACGAUAACGACACUCACUGUUUCCUACAGUGCUUUGAAUCCAUUUUCUCACUGCUAGUCGCAGUGAGAGCUUUGCUCCAGGUGGCAGAAUGAUAAGGGUGGCAAAUUUGUACACUGCCACCACAAUUUACCGCUCUGGAAGUGCCAAAUUAAGAUAGGAUCACCUAGCAGGUAGGUUGGGGGGACGACGGAUCUUCUCUGUCUAAGAGGGAUCCUGGCACACACAGCAGACAGUGUUGGAUUAAAUAGACCAGUGGCAUAAGAUUACUUCUUGUUUUCCUGUGGGUGUGAGUCUCAGGAGAUGAGAGCCUUGUUAGAAUACCUUUACAUUUUUUAUGCCAUGCUCUCAGGAGAUGGGUGGUGUCUUGACUAAUGCACAAUCUUGAUUGGGUGACACCAACUCCAACCAAAAUGUGUGGAACCCUGCAUAUAUCAGCCUCCGGGUGGCGCUGUGGGUUAAACCACAGAGCUUAGGACUUGCCGAUCAGAAGGUCGGCGGUUCAAAUCCCCGCGACAGGGUGAGCUCCCGUUUGGUCCCUGCUCCUGCCAACCUAGCAGUUCGAAAGCACAUCAAGUGCAAGUAGAUACCGUAUUUUUCGCUCUAUAACACGCACCAGACCAUAACAUGCACAUAGUUUUUAGAGGAGGAAAACAAGAAAAAAAAUAUUCUAAACGAAAUAGUGGAUAUAUGAUUUUUGUGGUUCAGGCUGUGGCCACAGACAUGUGAUCUGACAGUGAGUUUGGAGUAGCCCAGUGAAAAAAUCCUGAGGAUCCAUGUGGAUCCAUGCUUUGUAACCACGGAGGAGGGAAGGAAGGGGAACCAUGGAUCCUCUGCUCAUGACUGCAGCAGAUCCCCCCUGCCACCCGCAGGCAUUCGCUCCAUAACAUGCACAGACAUUUCCCCUUACUUUCUAGGAGGAAAAAAGUGAGUGUUAUGGUGCAAAAAAUACGGUAAAUAGGUACCAUUCCGGUGGGAAGGUAAACGGCAUUUCCGUGUGCUGCUCUGGUUCACCAGAAGCAGCUUAGUAAUGCAGGCCACAUGACCCGGAAGCUGUCUGUGGACAAAUGCCGGCUCCCUCAGCCUAUACAGUGAGAUGAGAGCCGCAACCCCAGAGUUGGUCACGACUGGACCUAGUGGUCAGGGGUCCCUUUACCUUUACAGGCAAUUAAAGUAGCAGAGGGUCCAACCUAGAAGUGACACUAGAGAUCAGUCAUGGAAUCGCCCCCCUUCAUCUUUCUUUUACAGGCAGUCCCCCAUUUACGUGGGGGUUAUGUUCCGAGGCACCACACAUUUAAGUAAAAUUGUAUAUAUGUGAAACACCAUUGGAAAAGCCUGCAAACACCCCGUCGCACCCCUGCACCACCCCUUUUUGUGAUGUUUUUGGAUCACUUCCGAGUUUGGCGUGAUGCGGUUGUGCGUGGUUGUGCACAUACUGAACACGCUUAAAUGAGGAGUUGCCUGUAUUCACAAGCAAAGAUUGUGAGGGCUUCAUAUUGAGAGAGGGGUUUAACCUUUCACAUGCUUCCACCACCCCUAUUUAAUCAUCCCCCCAAAAAACAUGCUGCUACUUUCCUUGUUUUGUAUAUGUGUGUGUGUGUGUGUGUGUGUGAGAGAGAGAGAGAGAGAGAGAGAGAGACAGAGAGAGAAGACAGGUACCCAGAUCUCCCAUAUCGCUCUACGUUUGGCCUGAAUUUUCUAAAUGAACAUUUCAAGAAGUCAGUACAGCUGUGCACGCUGCACAGAUGUCAAGAUUUACUAGGGGCAGGAUGUUUUUUUUUUCUUUUACAAAAGGGAUAGGAAGCAUUUAAUGUUUCUCCUUUUUCAGGUUUUUCUUUUUUUUUAAGAGUUGUGAAUGUCUCAUAAAUCAGCUGGGAGGAAGACCUCAUUGGGGACCCCUCAGGGUUGCUUGCUUAGCAAUCAUAGUAGUUUGGCUAUUGCAUGCAAACCGCUUUCUCUCCACCCCCAACGCUUCCUUUGUACAGAGCUGGCUGCUCUUUAAACAUUUGGAACAGAUCUGGGCCUUUUCUGUCCAUAUGGUAUUUGAGCAGCACAUUAGAGCUUGGAGGCAAACGUUAGAGGGAUGGAAAUCAUGUGUUCGGCUUUUAACCCGCCUACGGAUUCGGGGUAAUCAUAAAGAGAGACUCAAACAAUUAUGUAAAACUUCUCCUCCUAAUCCAACAUUUCCCAACCUAUUGUGCUCCGGGUCCUAGUUGACUCCUAUUCGCUUUAUCCCUGUGCUGGCUGCGGUGGGAGCUAGAGUACAAAACAGCUGGAAAGGCCCCAUCUUGGAGGAAGCCCACCUAACCAAGUGACACUUCAUGUAUUCUCUGCUUAAUAAAGGAUCCAGCUGUUCUGUGACGUUUCAGCCUCUGACUCAUUGUGUGUGAGAGGUAUUGGGGGGUACGUUAGACCCCACUUUAAGUGAUUGCAGGUGGAAACUGUUGCAUCCAAUAUAUUGGUUGUAAAGGAUCUCUCGUGCCUAGUAAAAACAGUUAACACAAUAGCUGCGUUGUGUUCAUGCUGCAGUUAUAUAAGAAGGUGGUGAUAUUUCAUUAUGUAUUCGACCCCAGUGUUGCUCCUGUAUAUUUACACAAUUUGUUGAAGAUAUUGGGGGUUGUGUGUGACUGUGCAGAACAGAUAAUAUAGUAGAUCAUUGAUCAUAGAGUUGGAAGGACCAUGAGGAUCAUCUAGUCCAACCCCUGCAAUGCAGGAAUAUUUUGCUUCAUGUGGGGCUUGAACCCACAGCCCUGAAAUUACCUAGGUCUCAUGCUCUCCCAAUUGAACUAUCCCUCAAUUUCCACUAGGGAGUUUUGAGUUUGGGAAACACAUAAAAGCAGGGUUGGGGCAAUUAAUUUAUUUCUGACCCAUUUCAUUCUUGCAUGUGUUCAUUUCAUGAUUAUGUUUUGACCAUUUUGGCAUUAAUCACUGGUUUUUGUUUUGUUAAGUUUAGAAAGGCAUGGGUUGAGACACACACAUUUAAAACUUAUUUCUGCAUGCUCAUUUUUGGGGACUUUCUUCAGCAGAGAACUGCAUUGGAGAAGUGUGAAGUCUGUAGCAUCAAUACAUUCUGAUCUCUGUGUGUUACAGUCUGGUAGGUGUGAAUCAGGUCUGUUUGCCUCAAUAUUCAGAUGGAAAGAAGUUAUCCUUCAUUGAUACAUGCAACACACUGGGCUCCAAGAGAUUCUUGUUGCUCGGCUCAAGAAGAUAGCUCAGUGGGUAAAGCAUGAGACUCUUAAUAUCAGGGUCAUGGGUUUGAGCUUCAUGUGGGGCAGAAUACUCCUCCAUUGCAGGGGGUUAGACUAUAUGAACCCUGUGGUCCGUCCCAACUCUACGGUUCUAGUAAUCAGUGCAAUACCUGCUUUAGACUGAUGCCUUCAUUAAGAUACUGGCUUUCCAGUACAGAUUUUACUCAUAGGAAGAUCCAAACUGCUUGGCUUUAAAACUGUGGCGGGAUCAUAUCUCACUAGUGCUAACCCAGAGUCAUCGACUCUCUGCAAAUUUCUGAGCUCGAAUUCAAAGUGCUUGAAGGGGAAGAUUUAGGGCUGUGUGAAUGGUGCACACUAGGCACUGAGUUGAGGAGGUGCAGUCUUGAUGCCCGGCAAGCAAGGCGCUGGGCUUUGGGAAGGAGGCGUGAGGACUCUGACAGCUCUCUAGAAUAGCAGCAUGCAGAGAGUAAAUUCCUCCUUUGUGGUUGAGUUCACUGGUAAUCCAAGAGGUAAGUCUUGGGGAUGUGAGGAAGUGGUAUCUUUGUCCUAGAACUCCAGGCUUGGUAGUGCAUUGCCCCUAGUGAUCCUGCUGGACCCCAGCCAUCAGUACUGGGUUGCCAGUUGCCACAUGGCUUGUAGAUGACAAGGCCCAAUGAAUUAGUGUGCCAGAAACAGAAUUGAUGCAGAGGAUGCACGACUGGUUCUUCCAGAGUAUUUUUUUAAGCAAUUGAUCUGAACUGAGACCCCAGUGAGGGGGAAUGUUGAGAGAUCUGGUCACAGAUAUCUUUUGUUUUCUUAGCUGUACCCUUGAAAAAACCCUCCAUCAUCUGAGAAGCAUCCCCAAACCAUGUGCUUGCCUUUUCCAUCACAACCGUCAUAUUUGCAUGAAACACUAAACCGUGGUUUAGUGGUUUAGUGUUACACACACAGUUGGGAAGGAGCUGCCAUGGACCUUGAGCUUGCACACUUCUGACCCUAUUCUCCUUGCAUGUAUCCAAGUGGAGGACUUUGGCAGAGCAGCAUAAAACUAAUUCUGACCAGCUUUCAAACAAUUCAUCGGCAAACCAUGGUUUAUGAAGCGGGUUCGUUUAACUAACCAGAGCUUGUUGUAAACCAGAGCCAAGAUUCAUGGAAAGUGAAACUAAGCUGCCAAAAGUUGAUGUUCUGGCUAUCUAGCAGGAGGAGGUGGGACGGGAACAUAGUCAUAAUGUUGUCUACUGUUGUGGGAAGUUAUCCUUUGAGGUAGACCCUUGGCUGACCAGAUUCUGCCUCCUUUGUGCGUGUGAUCCUAUAACUCUUAAUUACAAAGCUAGAGAUCUUAUGCAUCCAUCUUUCACCCUUUGUACUGAUAGUCCUUGUUCUUCCUCUUUUGAAGUGAUGCCCUGGCUGGUUAAUAGAGACUUGGCUUUCUUCCUAGCUCUAACUUCUUUGGAAAGAGAAGCUAUCACUUUGCGAAUGUAUGUACGAAAUGCGCGGUCUACUAGGUGAGCUGCGAACCGGACAGCAAACUCAUGUGCUUACGGACUGUUCUGCUGCCCCUCUAACAUGCUACCCUGGGAUGGCAAUUUUGAUUUAUUUAGAACCACUUGGUGGCCCAGUUUAAAGCUCUGGCUGUGCUUCUUUUAGAAAGAGCGAGUAAACUAUGAGAAUCCUUCCUUUCCUCCCUCCUCUGCUCCUCUCCUCAUCAAGACUGCACGAAGCUUGAACUCUUCCUCCUCUUCUAUGUAUAUAUAUUUUUAAAAAAGAAACUCUGAAGCUGCUUUUUGGAGAGAGACAAAUGGAAUUGGAUUAGCAUCUCCCUUCCAGCUGCUUGCCUGGGAUGCAAUGAAACAGAAUGGCAGAUGGUAACACUGUUUUUCCUUCCAAGAAUGCGGGUCUGCGACUGAAACAACAAAGACGGCGGAUGGCUAAGCGGAUAGGAACAAACGGCGUUGUAAAUCACUGCCGAGUCUGAACCUCCUUCGCUGCGUUUCCUUUCUUCAUCUUUUUUUUAUUUUUUUAAAUGAGCUGUACUGCACUAUCUCCCUGUAUGCGUCAUCUUGCACUCUUCUGAGAAGCUGAUCCUAAAAGAUGCCAGAAACUCUCAUUGGAGUAGUCAAUUGGAGUUGCAUGCCAUGUGGCUUCUUUUAAAGAUCAAUUUAAAGUCGUCUCGGACAACUGCGCAUUGCUUGCCUCUGAGGCUGUUCUUUUCCCCAAAAUGGUUUUCUCCCUCUUCUUAACACAAUGGACCAUUCACUGUUACCUCCUGUCUCCGGCAUCUAUCUUUAGGCCCUUUCCCAACAGGUGCCACGGUGAUUUUGCCCAGCAACAAAAAUAAGUCCAAUGUUGAUGAAAACUACCUGGCUAAAAACAAAAUGGUACCCUACAGGUGGCAACUGUGGGAUUACAUCUCAUUCAGAAAUAUGUGUGGGGUUGGUGUGUUUUUUUACAGAAAAGAUCAAUAUUUACAGAAAAGAUCAAUAGUGUAGUGCUACUUCCUGCCAAGAAUAUUGUGCCUUCUGGUUUUUUAAAAAUAACAAUAAGAAUUGGGCCUGCCUCUUGGCGCAUGGAACAUAUAGAUACAGACUAGCAUGCUGGCCACAUGGAAAUAAAAUGUGAAUCAUUUUUGUGGCCUCUUAUACAUUUGGCUCACAUUUUGUGGAUUAUCAAUAUUUUAAGGCAUAAACGCAUUACAAAAUCUGAUGAAAUCAAAUUUUAGAGCAUAAAAUGGGGCCCUUUAUGAACACAGAAAGCUGUUUACUGAGAGUAUAGCUCAACAUUGUCUACACUGACUGAAAGUGGCUCUCCAGAGUUUCAGACAGGACAGGAGUCUUUUCAUGCCAGGGAUUGAACUUGGAACCUUCUGCAUUCAAAGCAGAUCCACUACCACUGAGCCACAGCCCUUUUCCCACUAGAAAAUAAACCUCUGCUUCAGGGAAUUGUUGUUUCUGUUGAGCUCUAGUUCUAUUCUUAUAAGUAACUGACUGAAGUAACUUCGCCCUGACUUGACCUCUGAACUACCUCUGGUGGCCUUAACCAAGACUUGGUGUACUGAUUCCUAAAUCUGCUGCUGGCACAGGUAGUUUUAACCAUCUGGUGUUAGACGAGAUGAGCUUUUUCUGAGUCCAGGCAUCUCUCUCCGCCAGUACAGGAGAGUAGUUUUGGCUCACCUCUUACUCCAUCUAAAAGACCUAAGAGAAAGAUCACUCCCAAGAGGAGACAGAAAAGACGUGUUGAUUCUUCCAAGAAAAGAAGAAAAGCGCCAAGAGCGGAACAAUACUCUGCGGAAUCCCGUCGGAACAAAGUAAGUUUACAAAAUUGACACACACCAAAUUCUGAAGCUCUUGUACCGUUUGAUUCUUUUCCUUUUUUCAACUUUGGAAUUCUCUUCUUCAGAGUGGAACUUCCAUUGCCACCAUCUUGAAAAUAUGUCAACAGACUGCUACUGUUUAAUCAGCAACGGUAGUCUGUCUCAUCUCCCUCUUUUUUGGACUUGUGUUCUCCUUGUACAAGCCCAAUCAUCAUAACUGUUACAAAAUAUGUGUAUAAAUGGUACAGACAGGGCACACCAGCAAAUAAAUCCUGCUGGAAAAAAGUUCAUCCAAAGUUCUCUGUCCACAGAUGGAAAUGUCUAGACAAGCCCUUAGAGUCAAGCUUUUUGCCAGACUUCAUAUCAUCCUUUUCGGCUAAAAAUCAUUUCUUGAAAUGGGUGUAUUUCCAUCUGGAAUAGUCUUACCAGUAGUGCCUGAGGGUUACUGAGGAAAUAUUACCAGUUGACUUCCUUUCUUAGCAUGGCACAAGGCUGCUCUUAGCACCCCCUUAUAAUGGGGCAUCAAAGGAAAAGCUGGGUCACAAGAAUUGGUCUGUAAAAUCUUUUCAAUUUCAUGGCCAUCAGCUUAAUAUUUGAUGUCAGCCAUUUGUUUUGGAGGCCUAAAAUGCCUCCUCAGAACUUGAGGGAUGUUUUGAGGUGGUGAAAAUUGGCAAGAGAUAUUGGGGCAUCUCUUUGAGCAAUCACAGCCCAGGAUUAGCAAUCUGCACUUGGACAUCUGUGGGAUGUCUUCACUAAAGCUUUAGGUUCUUCAUAGGUCGUAGAAAUGGCUUGGUUUGACAUUGUGGAGGCUUGCCGAAGGGUCCCUAACUUUUGAACCUGCAUCAGUAGACUGAAGUUGAUGUUUGUGUGUGCUUUAUUUUACAGUAUUAAAAAUGCCUAGCUUUGGAUUAUUUCGGUCAAUCUGGACAUAGGACGUAAAUGUAUGUGACUGGUUGUCUUUUUCAUCUUGCCAAUGCCACUGCUUCAGGUUUCCUCAGAGGCAAAUAUUCCCGCAAAAGCAAACAAGCAAAACCCACCCCAAGCCGCUCAUUUGAAAUUCAUGAGUACUCCAAGUCCGAACUCCCAAGUUUAAGGCUUGUGCAUUAGAAAAGGUGGUGGUGGUGGGAGCUGUUUCUGUGGUUCACUAAUAAAUAGGCAAAAUGCAGUGUUGUGUAGGAAAAGAAGCAUUUGCCCAGUAGCUUUCAUUCUUAAAUAGACAGUCGCUCAACUUCGCUCUAAAACUAAUUUGUUAGAUGGUCAAACAUGAAGGCUAUGCAGUCCUCUGCUUGCAUUGUCCCACGAGGAAUCUGAGGGAAGUAUAUUUUAUUAAAUACAGGCAUUGUAUUUGUUUGGAGAAACAUAUUGGCAAAAAACCUCCAUGCUAGGUCUUGGUAGUGCAUUGUGUGGUGCUCGGAUAUUUUGAUUGUAUAUGUCUAUUGUUUAAAAGUAUGGAUUUCAGGCAUCUUUAAUAUCUUUAGCCAAGGCCUUUUUAAACAGUUUAAGCAAGUGGACUAGGGGCUCACUUAAAAUUUGAAGUCUUCUGUUAUGUUACUUAAGAAUACGAGUCUACAAAAGACCUGCGUUCUAGCAUACUUCACAAGCUGGUUGGUAUUUCCAUAUGAUCAUCUCAGUUUCUUAGAUCAGUGAUUUCCAUACAGGGGCUCAAGCUUCACCACCAUUUGAGGGAUUUCGCAGAAAAUUUUACUAUCACUUCGAAUGUCAUAUAUGAUAACGCUCAUGUGAAAAACAUGGAAGGAUAACAUCACGGGGAGUGCAAAUUAGUGGAGAUGAAGUUUAUAGUCCUAGACACACUUAUCUGGAAGUAAGUCCCAUUGAACUCAAUGGGGCUUACUUUUUAGUAGAUAUGUGUAGGAUUGCACCAUAAGCCUCACCAGUGACUACUAAACAUAUGGAAAAUGGGGUGCUGGGCUUGCUAGUCCCUUGGUCUGCUCCAACACCAGAUUAGACUAUGUUCUUUAUCUUUCUGGACUUUAUUUCACUGACACUAUACAUUUGAAAGCAUGGUGAUAAUGCCCCAAGUCCAAAGCUGGGCUUUGGCUGUGUAAAAUUGAGCUGGAAAAUGAACCAAAGUGUGAGAGUUGGGUGGGAAAGAUCUGAUUUUCACCCUUUGUGUAAAUAUAUGCAUAUUUAGAUGUUGCAUCCACUAAGAGAGAUUGACAAGAUCCUGGGACAACUAAUGGAUGGGCUGAAGCAGUUGAACCUGCACCGAUGUGUCAACAUUAUCUUCGUUGGUGAUCAUGGUAAUUAUUUAUUUUAUUUUAUUUUUCAAACUUAGUGCAAAAGUCUCAGCUAAUGUUUUUUUAAAUACUUAAAGGUAUCCAGUUAGCAAAAGAUGUCAAGGGAGUGUUGGUAAAUGAGAGAGCUGCUUCUUUAGGAGUCGUUCAGCUUCCAGCGUGUGUCUUCAUGUUUUUAAGGCAUACACAUAUCGUUGUGUGGAGAAUAGGGAGAAACAUGUGAAAUGAGUGCAAACACAAAUAUCUAAAGGAAGAAAGAGGAUGAGGUGUUGUCUUGCAGUGGUUUGUUCCCACUUCAGGCCUUCUGAAGUCUAGUCUCGUUUGGCAAUUUGUAUUUGACUUUAUCACAUUUAUCACGAAUGUGUCAAACAGUUUGCUGAGAGAUGAACUACUGAAAGGUUAAAAGCAACAACAAAACAAUCCGACCAAAGAAGGAUAGUUCAGAUGUCACCCGCCUGAAGAGUUCACUGCUUGUCUCGCAAACCUAUUAAUUUAGUCAUAAGAACUGAGAUUCUGCUUGGGCUGCUGGAACAACUUUUGAAACAAGCCCACACAAUACGAGUUCAGUCUAGGACAGAGAUGAUGGCAAUCUAAUUCCUUAUUUGAGCAUAGGUUGUUGAUGGGUCAGGGCUGCAGCCCCCAGAAGUGAAUGUCAAAACCAGUUUGAGAUUAUUCUAGGCAGAUAGGAUGACCUCAUACAACUUUUUGAUUCUUUAUGUUUGGUGAGUGUGUGUGAAUUCUUUUUACUGAAGUCUGGCCAGGGUAAUGUGCAAUCAAUCAUUUCUAAGAGUAUAAAGACAAGAAUAACGCCAAGAAGCUACAAUUAUAACUACAGAAACCUUGACAAGGUUGAUAAUUUAGUCAUGGACCUCAGGUGUAUUCAGCCACCUCUUAUUGCUAACAGGUGUUUUGUAGGGCUAUUUUACUUUUAAAAGCCAACGCAUUAGUAUUUUCAGUGUUCAGGUUGCAGUCUUAAGUAUACGUUCUAGAGAGAAGAAUCAUGCAAGUCAGCGGAGCCUAAGCUCUGAGUAAACAUCCUGAAGAUUGGGCUGCAAGUCUCUGUUUUUAAAUUUGCUUGAAUUCCUUAGCAGAGGUUUACUGUGCUUGUCAUAGUUCUUUGAUAUUCUAACUGCAUUUUAUUUCCAAGCCUGAUUUUAUGCCUUUAUCUUCACCACAAUCACCAUCUUAGCAAAAUCUUAGACACUUCUGAUUGGUCUUAUUUAUGACUAGGUGUGUUCUCAGGGAGGUUGUCAUUGGAUGGGGGCACAUGCUGUGAAGUUAAAGAAGUAAACUGUUAAGGGCUCCCAGAGUCUUAACCUCACCAUUAGUUUGCUCUCAAGUAACAAAUAUUGAUGCCGGAGUCUCCCUACCCCUUUCUAAAUCAUGUUUCUUGGUACAGGGAUGGAGGAUGCCGCUUGUGAAAGAACUGAAUAUUUAAACAACUACCUGUCUAAUGUGGAUGACAUAAUUCUGAUACCAGGAACACUGGGGCGCAUUCGUGCCAAAGCUAACAGCAAUGUCAGAUGUAAGUUGAUCUUAGCAGUGUUCACCUUGCACCUUUGCGUGUGUCCCAGUAUAUAUACUUUUCCUGCUGCCAGAAAUGUUGUUAGUAUGAAGAUAACACUCUUGCUGAGAGCGAUCUUGUUUUAAGAGACACUUCCUAAUUCAGGGAUUUUGAGAUAUCAGUGAUGUUUAGGAAUGACAAAUUCCCUAUUCAUUUUCUUGCAUUUAUCUUCCACUUUACUUUCUCCACGGAACACAAGGGGGCAGAUGAUAUAAUUCUCAGAUGAUCGCCCAUCCCUGUACUGACCAGACUCUGACUUGCUUAGCUGUAGCAAGCUGUAGCAAGCCUUGAGUGCCUUCAAACCAUAACCUGCUUCCUGUUGUUUGACAAGGAAGGGGGAACCUAUAGUCCAACAGGUGCUGAUGAGCUACAACUUUCAUAUAUAAUAUAAUUUAUUAUUUAUACCCCGCCCACUCUGGGCGGCUCCCAAUAGAAUAUUAAAAACAUGCAAAAACAUCAAACAUUAAAAGCUUCCCUUAGCAGGGUUGCCUUCAGAUGUUUUCUAAAAGUCAGGUAGUUGUUUAUUUCCUUGACAUCUGAUGGGAGGGUGAUCCACAGGGCGGGCGCCACUACUGAGAAGGCCCUCUGCCUGGUUCCCUGCAACCUCACUUCUUUCAGUGAGGGAACCGCCAGAAGGUCCUCAGCACUGGACCUCAGUGUCUGGGCUGAAUGAUGGGGGCUGUGCUGGUUGGAGCUGAUAGAAUCAGAGUGGGAAGGGACCACAAGGUUCAUGUCGCCCAACCCCCUGCAAUUCAGGAAUCCUUUGUCCAACGUGAUGUUCGAACCUACGACCCUGAUAUCAAGAUCCUCAUGCUCUACUGACUGAGCUAUCCCACCAGUCAUUGGUUGUUGUAGUCAAGCAACAUUUGGAGAGUCACAAGGUCUCUAUACCUGUCCUAACAGAUGUCAUUAUAAUAUUUCAUCCAGUGGGUUGGAUCUAUGGAGCUGAGAGUAGAAGUGUGGGGAGCAGCUGGCAUUAUUCUGCAAAUAGGCAAUAGUCCCCACAACACUAUAAACCAGUAAGUUUUAGAGUACCAUAUUUUUUGCUCUAUAAGACUCAAUUUUUCCCUCCUAAAAAGUAAGGGGAAAUGUGUGUGCGUCUUAUGGAGCAAAUGCAGGCUGCGCAGCUAUCACAGAAGCCAGAACAGCACGAGGGAUUGCUGCUUUCACUGCGCAGCGAUCCCUCUUGCUGUUGUGGCUUCUGAGAUUCAGAAUAUUUUUUUUUCUUGUUUUCCUCCUCCAAAAACUAGGUGCGUCUUGUGGUCUGGUGAGUCUUAUAGAGCGAAAAAUACGGUAGCUAUGCUUACCCAAGUAGAACAUCAUCCUGCCUUCUUUGUUUCACUUUUCUUGUGCAGUGCUCUAGCACAAAACAUAAAUGUUUCUUCCACAAGCAGGGGACCCUUUCCACACGUCUAAAUGCAUGGUUUGGAUCCAUCCCAGAAUGCAAAAUAAAAGCAUUUUUAAUACGAAAGCUAAUUCUUGUUCUGAAAACUUUUUCUCUAGCUCAAGGUUCAGUUGAUUUCUUUUUUCUCCCCUUUCUCCAACAGAUGAUCCAAAAGCCAUCGUUGCUAAUCUCACAGUAAGUAUUUGCUUAGCACACACUCUUGUGGCUUCUAAUUAUGGGCUGAGCAUUUACAGUGCUUAACUAACACGGGACUUGGUCAAGAGGAUGCUGAUCAGACCAUCAUAAAGCCUCCUAAAUAGGAUCGUUCAUGGGUGUGGAAGAAGGCACAUCAUGAUUUCCACUGUUUUGUUGCUGCUAACAGAUUUUUAUAACUUUUCUGGAUAACAUGCACCGACUUAAUGCCUUAAUUCUCUGAACAGAGUCCCUUUAUCCCAUCCUUUUGGAAAUGGAAAAAGAAAACUCUUUUCCAAGUAAAUAUUUUGCUAGUACUCCAUUGAAAGAAUUGACAUCUCUGUUUUAAAAAAGUGGAGAAAAAAAGAGUUUAGACUUGGAGUUUGGAUCUUUGAAAAAAUGGAAGUCAUCUCAGCAUUGUGUUAACACAAUUUCUUUCCACCCUCAGCUCCCCAAUCUUAAAUAUUUUGGUGGAAGAAAUUAAGCAAACAGUCUACAACUCACUGCAAUCAAUUGCAGAUGAGAAACUCUCAGCCCAAACUGUGGUGGUUGUAUCCAACCAAGUUAUACUCGUAGGAGACCCAUUUAAAUUAAUGGAUCUAAAGUAGGUAUGCCCACUAUUUUCAAUGACUCUAACACUGGAUUUGGGUUGUAAGAAGGCUACUAUUUCCCUCCUGCUCUUUCUUCAUCACAAUUGGCGCUGUUUCUGUUUUGCCACGGUUCGGUUUCCACCCAACACUAAACUUUUCACGUUGCUGCCUGCUGUGUAGUGUCACCUUUGCCACUUACAAAUUUAGCAUAAUCAAUUAUGUCAUUAUUUGCACACUGUUCAUUUCAAUAUGAAGGAAGCAUCAAAACAAAGUGGAAAAAAGUCAUUCAUUGUGUAUCGGCUGCGGGCUUUAAAAAACCAACAUGGUUUUCAGUGAAUACAAAUCAUAUUAGCUGGAUUGAUACCGAUCAUAUUCACUGGAUUAAUUUCCUUUCUAGACCUGGGAUGGUCAAUUUGUGCUUCUGUUUCCUACUGGAAUUCUCUGACAUCCCUACAUUAGAUGUUACUGUAGGUGUUUGGGUCAUGAAGCCUCAGCUCGCUGCUUAUGUGCCUGUAACCUCAAGUUAAGUUCUCACUUGAGCAUGGGUGUUUGGCAAGCCUGCUGCCUGAAACCCUGUGGAGCUGCUGCCAAUCAGAGUAGACAGUACUAGUAAAGGUAAAGGGACCCCUGACCAUUAGGUCCAGUCGUGGACGACUCCGGGGUUGUGGCGCUCAUCUCGCUCUAUUGGCCGAGGGAGCUGGCGUACAGCUUCCGCGUCAUGUGGCCAGCAUGACUAAGCCGCUUCUGGAGAACCAGAGCAGCACACGGAAACGCCGUUUACCUUCCCGCUGGAGCGGUACCUAUUUAUCUACUUGCAAUUCAUGAUUUUGAACUACUAGGUUGGCAGGAGCAGGGACCCAGCAACGGGAGCUCACCCCAUGGCGGGGAUUCGAACCGCCGACCUUCUGAUCGGCAGGUCCUAGGCUCUGUGGUUUAACCCACAGCGACAAUACUAGUAGAGGUGGGCAAAUGAUCUGACUUGAUAUAAGCUUUAUAAGAGAUAGAGGGUGCACUGCUAUUAAGUAAGGAUAGGUUUAGAAAGGGUUCCUGCUUCUGGCGGCAGAUGACUUGGAUGACGACCUGCCAUUCCCUGUUAUAAACUCCAUAGCUCAGUUGGUAGAGCAUGAGACUCUUAAUUUCAGGGUCGUGAGUUUGAGCCCCGGACUGGGCAAAAAGGUUCCUGCACUGCAGCGGGUUGAGCUUGAUGAUCCUCGUGGUCCCCUUUCCAACUCUACAAUUCUGUGUUUCAGUGCAGGAAGCCUGACCAGCACUUCAAGCCGUAUUUGAAGCAGCACCUCCCUAAGCGUUUGCAUUACGCCAAUAACCGAAGGAUCGAAGAUAUUCAUUUGCUGGUGGAAAGAAGAUGGCAUGUGGCCAAGUAAGCAGACGUCUUCCUCCGCUUAUGACUUUUUGCCUUUCGAGAUUUCCAAUGAUCUACAUUUAACACCUGUAAAAAAAAGCAGUAAAUUGAGCUUGGUUUCUUAUCCAUAGCUAAAGAAACCAACCAUGUCUGCAUCAGUAGCUGUUGACAUACAGAAUUGCUGCAUGGUUACUCAUUAGUCUCAAAAAGAGAGUCCUAUAGAGAAUUAUAAAAACGUACAUCUUGCAAGCUGGACUCGAUAAUAUUGAAGAGUUUCCUAUUGCAAUAGUUUUUCUUUGAUUUCCUUAGCGGCAACAGCUAUAACAGUAUGAAUGAUCCUCAGAAUUAUAAAAUAAUAUUGCUUAGACCAAGGUUGCAAUCCUAGCCUUGCUUAUUUGUGGUUUACUUGUGAGUAGCUGUUGCAAGGAUUGCAGCCUUAGUUUUUCAAGAGUUGAGAAGAGGUUUCUUGCUAAAAAAAAUUCUAAUGGUGUGUUAGAUUUUCAUUAACAUUUAACUAGGGUGGCUAAUUGUCUGUCUGUCUGGGGGCAGGUUGAUUCAGUUCACAAUUAAAGUUGAAUCUUUCAAAUUUGUAGUUCCUGGAACAAUAUGAAAACAGAAAUGCAGCCGUCCUUUGAAAUUCACACCUAUCUGAAUUUUUAGCUGCCCAAUCAAAAGAAUGUUUACAAAAAUGCAUAUAUUAGCGGGGAAAUGCGAGUGAAAGCAAAUAUAUUGGUGAAAAUAACAUGCAAAAAUGUGUGGUAUUAGGAUAAAUUGCUUGCAUAUAUAUACAUGUCAAAACACCAUACAAAAGUGUGUGUGUUGGGUUUAAAGUCGCACAAAAAUGUUGAAUAAUUUUCAUGAGGUUUGGGUUUUUUAAAAAUUGCAAAUUGCUGCAGAAAUGUGAAGAACUGAAUUUGAAUUGAAAAUGAGAAACAGAGAGAGAGUCAAAAUUAACAGAUCCUUUUACCCCUACCUUUGCGUAAAUAGCUGUCUUCCUGCAAUCGGUCAUUUCCAGAUGACCUGCUUAUUGAGCAUUCAACCUGAUUUAUUUAAAGUUUAUCCAAUGGUUCCGCAACCUUGUAUCAAGCCAUUGUUAUCCCACAUUUUAGUGUAUUGUUGCAACGUUUCCCUUGCCGCUAAAAGUUAGGCUUGUGGUUCUUUUUUUGGCGGGGUUGGGGAGCAGGCUUGCUUCAGUCCUGCAACCUUAAUUUGCUGUGAUUGAAUCCCACCAGUAAAAAAAGUGGCAUAUAAAGGUGCCCUCCGUGGGGAACUGAACCUUAAGCUGCAUUUGAACUCCUUUGUGGCAGUAAAAGAACAACAACGUAUUCUUAAAACCUCUAGGAGACCUGGAGACGUGUUUAAGAAAAUAUCAGGAAAAUGCUAUUUCCACGGAGACCACGGCUACGAUAACAAGAUCAAUAGCAUGCAGGUAAGCGGUAGCAGAAUACUCAGAGGUGGCAUGGCAGGUAUGGAUAGCACAAAAGUAACAUUCCUGAAUUAGCUUAAAGGGUAGGCAGAAUGCUUUGUCUCCCAGCUGGGUAGUAAUAUUGCUCUCCCUACUCAUUAGAGGUUCAGAGGGGUUGUGUAUUUCCUCUCUUGGUGCUAAACAGCAUGGGGCUGAGAUUGGAAAUGAAGCCUCUGGCUACUGUUUGAGAUGAGAAGCCGACAUUACCUUCCCAAUCCCUAUUCCAGCACAGGAGUGGAAGUAGGUGGGAAGUCUCAAAGUAGAAGGCAGCAUUUCCAGACAUUUCACUCAAGCACUGGAAUGGACAAGGCUGGAUAUUGGGGGCAGGGAGUGUUUGUGUGUAGGAGCAUCUGGCUGCUUGUGUUUGUGACAGAGGGGAGACUACAGGUCUGGUGGGCAUGUGUGGACACUGUGUGUUUAAGCGCAGACAUGGGCCACAAGCAGCUGGAACGUGGCCCUCGGAAGACUGGUUUGAACAUCAGCGUGGCCCUCUAGACAGCCGCUCCCAGAUUACAAAAUGCAUUCGGCCACAAUGACGCUACUGUUUCUUCUUUUCUGUCUUUCUCUCUUAGACGGUCUUUGUAGGCUACGGACCUUCGUUUAAAUUCAGGGCAAAAGUGCCUCCUUUUGAGAAUAUAGAACUUUACAAUGUGAUGUGUGGUAAGUGGAAACACUUGUUCUUUCUUUCUUUCUUUCUUUCUUUCUUUCUUUCUUUCUUUCUUUCUUUCUUCUGUUCUAGGACCACAUUUUUCUUUUGAGCAGUUCUGUUGCAGGCUGAAGAGCAGAAUCCUAUAUUGCUGCCUCUUGCAGGGCAAUCUGCCAUGCUUCCUUAACUCCCGUUGCUCUGUCCCAGCUCCUGCCAACCUAGCAGUUUGAAAGCACACCAGUGCAAGUAGAUAAAUAGGUACCGCUGCGGCGGGAAGGUAAACAGUGUUUCUGUGUGCUCUGGUUUCCGUCAUGGUGUCCCAUUGUGCCAGAAGUGGUUUAGUCCUGCUGGCCACAUGACCCAGAAAGCUGUCUGUGGACAAAUGCCAGCUCCCUCGGCCUGAAAGCGAGAUGAGCGCCGUAACCCCAUAGUCGCCUUUGACUGGAUGUAACUUUCCAGGGGUCCUUUACCUUUACCUUAACCUUAACCUGCCCUUCAGCAAAAGUGCUUUCUGUGUGGCUAACUAAUAAUAAUAAUAAUAAUAAUAAUAAUAAUACCCCAGCAGUAAUUAAAAUUCACAUAAUGUCACAAUGGCCAGGAGUAAAACAUGGUGGCCAGGUGAAAUUGUCUUAAGCAGAGAUUGAAAAGAUGUUCACCUGAUGCUGAAAAGACUGUUUUUGUCUCUCUGGCCGUCUCUGCAUCAUCUAUCCCUUUCCACACAUGCCUCGAGGCAUUGUGUGACAUGCAAUAAAAAUAGUUAAAAACAGCACAAGCAAUAACACCAGAUGAACAAUGCGAAGUAACAGCCAUGGCAGAAAGCUCUUCUAAAGAACAAUUUGCUGGCGACACACCAUAAGUUGCUGCCUCGGGAGACAAGGGGCCAUUCCAUUUGCAGUCUUGAAAGUGCCACAGCGAGCUGGCAUGCGGAACUUAGUUUCAUUCUAUGCACCUUCCAGAUCUCCUUGGAUUAAAGCCUGCUCCUAAUAACGGGACCCACGGAAGCUUAAAUCACCUCCUGCGGAGCAACACGUAUAAGCCAGUCAUGCCAGAAGAAGUUACUCGGCCGCUCUAUCCUGUGGCCACAACACCUUCGUCUGACUAUGACCUGGGAUGCACCUGUGAGGACAAGGUAAGGGUGUGGGAAGCUCUGGCUACUGGGAAAGUCCACCAGGCAAUCGCCUCUUUGAAUGUCUGCUAGCAAUGUCUGAAAUGCUUCAUGGUGACCAGUGUGUAACGUGACCUGACAAGUGAUACGAAUCAUUCUCUCCUGGACCGCCAUUGAAUGUGUCUCAGGUUGCCUGUAGUAGGCUAAUUUCCCCCCUUGCAAUGAGCAAUGCUCUGAACUGGUCUCCUCCCUGCCGCUGCUGAUAAUAAUAAUAAUAAUAAUAAUAAUAAUAAUAAUAAUAAUUUUUUUUUUAUACCCCGCCCUUCCUGGUUCAAAAACCGGGCUCAGGGCGGCUAACAACAAAUUUAAAACACUUUAAAACACUUAAUUAUAAAAGCAGCAUAAAAUACAGUAUAAAAACAUGAAUAACAAUAAAAUUCAAAAUUCAAUUAGAUAAUCCCCAGGGCUAGCUGACUGAAUUAGUCCUACUUGGGCCAGCGAGGAGGCCAGGGGAGAAUUAGCUGUGGGGUCUCAAAGUGGGUGAUCUUCAUAAAAGGGGAGAGGGAGGGAAGAGAAGGGAAAUAAAAGAACAAGCUGAAUUCAAAUUAAAGGCCAGGUGGAAUAGCUCUGUCUUACAGGCCCGGCGGAAGGAGGUUAAAUCCUGAAGGGCCCUGGUCUCAUGGGACAGAGUCUCAUGAUGAUGAGUAGGAGGCAGAGAGCAAGUUCCACUCCCUAGACUGGUUGUAAGGAGAUGGGCGCUGGCUGAGGUCGAUCUUGCUGGGUCCAGUGGCACCCAAGAAACCUUCCACGGCAACCUCACUGAGUUUUUCUCGGUUUUUCUCCCUUAAAAAAUACAUGGAGCUGAAGGAGGUAGAUGGAAGAGUGAUUCUCUGUCCCGCUUCCUGUUUCAACUCUAUGUGCCUUUCAAUGAUCAGGUUAAUUCUACUGGAUCUGACUUUUACCCAAGUUCAUUGGGAAAGUGCUGCCUGUGUGUGUGUUUUUGUUUCGGCGGGAGCCUGGGAGGUGAUCAAGGGGAAGGGGAGAGUAGUCACAAAAGCAGCUGGUGCUUACAGCACUUGCUGAAAAAUCCAAAUGUCACAGUAAGCCCCCAAAGGUUGGCAAACCCUAUGACUUUGGUUUUUAAAAAUCUAAGCCUUUGUAUGUUUUUUGCUGCAAAGGGAGCCAGUUUUCAAAUGCUAAGAUGAUGUGGUAUGCAGAUUCCUGGAGAGAUGGGGCCUGGAGUCUUGCAUAAUGAAAGGUCCUGCUAUAAGGAGGCCUGCAGGGCAAAGCAGUUGACUUGACUGCAGCUUGAACCUUGCACAAAUCCAUCCAACCCGUAUGGUCAGUCUUCUCAGUUUAGCUGCAUGGAUUGGCCUGGGCAUCCUACCAAGUAGAGGACUGUUCAGACACUCAUCAAGAGAAGACCUUAAACAAAGAACUGAGCGGAUUUUUAUAACCCCUUUUGAUUUGGCGUGCAUGCAGAACUUUAGCAAAUUCUUUCUUGUCAGUAGUUGCUUGCAAAGGGGUAUAGCAGAAACAUGUCCUUACAAAUUAGGAAAUCUUACCCAGAGCCCUUCUGACAGGACUAGUCUUGCUUUGCAAGGUAAAUAUUGAGAAUGGGAAUAAGAGAACGUUCUCUUAGUCCAGCUGCCGAUCUUUUAGUUCAGCUGCCAAUCUCCUAUGUGCUCUCUGUGUGUGCUUUCUCUUUUUUUAAUAGAAUAAGCUGGACGAACUCAAUCGGCGUCUUUAUGUCAAAGGAACGGAAGGUGAGGACACGGGGGCCGACUCAGUAAAAUGAACCAUUUUAUUUCUCAUGCUUAGCUUUACUAAACUGCCAGUUUAACAUGAUAAGAAACCAACCCAGCAUCUUGUGCAUUUCUAACCAGGCAAAUUUUGCUAGAAGUUGUUUAGGGAGCUUAUGCACCCCUCACCCAAAUCCCUUGCUAACUAUCUGGUCCCAUCUCUUCUGCCACACUUAAUAGCUGCCGUGGCUGCAGUGCUAUGGUAGCAGCAGGCAUGAGCCAAAGGGCAGGGCACUUUGAUUCCCCUGGGAAAUGUAGUUUUAUAAUACUAGGUGCUGGGGAGAUGCCUUGCCUGGAAGCCUGUCACUGGUGGAGCAGUUCUUGCGCGCAUGCGCACAUGUGGAAAAUCAGUGGGGGGGGAUUGAGUGAGCAGAGCCUGAACCAGAUAAGAAUUUUUGGGUGUUGUAAUACUUGUUUCUUAUUUGAGGUGUGGGAACCCGGGAAUGCAAGUUGCAGCAACGCUGGCUAUCUUUAGAGCCCUUCUUAAUGUUCAGAGGGAACCCCCAUGCUGUUGCGUGAAAGCUUUCAACCCUGGAAAGCAGACUGAUUUUACUUCCAGUGUGCUUAAAGACAGCUGUGUGUAUCUUGUAUUUUUUUAAAGGUGUACACAAGUAGGGUCUUGCAGACGUUGAUUAGACCACGAGGUUGGUUGUAGCUCUCUGAUGAGUAUACACUCGGUGGCUGGCUAACCUAGGUUUGCCAUGACAUAAUGUUUGAGCAGGGGUGGAGAAUCUGUGGUCCUCCAGGUGUUGGGCUCUAACUCCAACCCGCCCCAGCCGGCAUGGGCUGGGAUGAUGGGAGUUGCAGUCCAUUAACUCAGCCACAGGUUCCCUGGCCUGAAACGCCCCCUAGUCCACUGUGGUGUAGUGGUUAAGAGCGGUAGACUCGUAAUCUGGUGAACCGGGUUCGCAUCUCCACUCCUCCACAUGCAGCUGCUGGGUGACCUUGGGCCAGUCACACUUCUCUGAAGUCUCUCAGCCCCACUCACCUCACAGAGUGUUUGUUGUGGGGGAGGAAGGGAAAGGAGAAUGUUAGACACUUUGAGACUCCUUCGGGAUAUCAAAUCCAAAUCUUCUUCUUCUAGUCAGCUUGCAGCAGAGAGGACUACCCAGUCAUACUUUAUGCUGCUUUGCAAUUCUGCUCCCCAAAUUACUGUGGAAAAGCUGCCUAGUAUUGGGUAGUGGUGCAGAGAUCAUAGGUGUGGCUGAUUAUUGUGGUUUGGAGGGGUUUAUUUUAUAUAUAUAUAUAUUUCUUUGCAAAGUGGCUUUUAUACAUUUAUGAAAUGUAUGUAUUGUAUUGCGUGGGUCCCACGCACAAUCUUCUGUACGUUGCAGAUAACAAGCACCUCCUCUAUGGUCGCCCAGCUGUUCUUUACCGUACAAAAUACAGCAUUUUGCACCACCACGACUUUGAAAGUGGCUACAGCGAAACAUUCCUGAUGCCUCUCUGGACGUCCUACACUAUUUCAAAGCAGGUGACUGUUUUCCUGAAUCUCUUAAUGCAUCCUAUCAGACACAUCAUUGACUUGGCUGGAUUGGUAAAGAAAAAACAAUUUAUACAUGUUGUAUAUGCGAUAUAACAUUGUGCCACCAGAUGGUGAUGUGAAGCCCUGUUUUUCUCUACCUAUUUUCCCUGUUUAAAUUUACAGCGCUUUAAACUGAAACACUUCUUUGAUGUGUCUAGAUCCAGCCUGUGUUUAAGUGGUUUUCCCAUAGUAAGACAGCCCUCUGAAUACUAAUGGACCUGCAUGCAGUAGGAGAAUAUUUUUUUCUUCCAUACAGUAUUAUAUUUGAAUUGUGGACCUUUAUGCCAUUGCCAAAGUCCUGAAGGCGAACAUUGCAAAUGAGCAAAUAAUGAAGGCAUGUAUUGCAUUGAGAGAGAGAGAUUAUUUGGCACGAUUGAUUUGUACAGCACCAACUGUGUAGGUAGAACUUUACUGAAUAGCACAGAGGUUGUCCUCUGGCCUGAGCAGAGUUCAGUCCACAUUUUGACAGAGAAAAGGUCAAGGGAGGAAGGGAGGACAGAGGCAAGGAGUAAUAGGGAGGGAGCUUUUUAGGGAGUCAAUGCCAUUCAAAGGGCAUGUUUCCACCUUGAGGGUUUUUUUAGGAUGCCUUUUGUUGUUUAGUCGUCUUAGUCGUGUUUGACUCUCCGUGACCCCAUGAACCAGAGCAUGCCUUGGAAACUCUCACUUUCUUCUCAAAGCUUCUCCUUUUUUAUGUCCAUGGAGUUUUCUUGGCAAAAUACUGGAGUGGUUUGCCAGUUCCUUCUCCAGGUGGAUCACAUUUAGUCUAAACUCUCCACUAUGACCUGUCUGUCUUGGGUGGCCCUGCACGGCAUAGCUCAGAGCUUCUUUGAGUUAUUCAAGCCCCUUCGCCACAACAAGGCAGUGAUCCAGGAAGGGGUUAGGAUGCCUACUCGGGUCCAAAACACAGGAACACCCCAUCAUGUGUGCCCUGAUCACUACUUCCAUGGACUUCAGGAACAAAGCUAGAAGGAGGUCCCCAUUUACUGAGCCAGACCAUUGGUGUAUCUGGCUCAGUAUAGUCCGCACUGAUUGGCAGAGGCUGCCCAGGGUUUCAGGCAGGGAGUCUUUGCCAGCCCUACCUGGGAGAUUCCGGGGAUUGAACCUGGGACCUUCUGCAUGCAAAGGAGAUGCUCUGCUGCUAAGCUAUGGCCCCCUUCCCCCAAAGACUACCCUCCAUUUCUGUAAGCAGAACGCGACUGAAAGGGGUUUGCCCUUCUUGGAAGCAUUUAGCUAGCAACUGCCUCUCCCCUUAUGAACCAACACACGGGCCCUGCAAUCAUCCUCUAAGGCCCUUCUUCAUGUGCCUCUUCCACGAGGGUGGAAGUCCAGAGGGUGGCAACACAAGAGUGGGCCUUUUCUGUGGUGGCUUCCCGUUUGGGGAAUGCUCUCCCCAAAGAGGCUCACUGGAGGCUCAUUCCAUACCUUAAGGCUCCAAGCGAAAACAUUCCUCUUCUCCCAGGCCUUUGGCUAAUUACAGAAUCUAUGGUCUUUUAAACUCUGUGUGUGUGGGUGGGUUUGGGGUGGGGUAUCGUUUUUGUUUGUUACUAUGUUACAUUUUUUAUUUUAUUUUAACAUUGUAAACCGCCCUGUGAUCCUUGAAUGAAGAGCAGUAUAGGGAUCUGAUCAUAGCUAUCAACCGUCCCUUAUUUGGCGGGAAACUCCCUUAUCCCAGUGCCGUGUCCCGCUGCUGUCCCUUAUUGAUGAUGUCCCUUAAAUUUCCCGGGUUUCAAAGGAAGCAGCUCCUCUCCCUCCCUCCCUGCCAGCCAGGGAGGAGGGAGGCUCCAACUGUGUUGCUUGGCUGCGUUGCUCACCCAAUAAGGAGUCUAAGAACGACUGGGGGGUGGAGCUUGCAUGCCUUGUGCCGAUCAAAUUGGCCGCGUUGCCUUUGCUCAGCGCUUCCCAACGGAAAGGUGACGGUGGUUUUCUUUGCUGCAUCCCCUUUGCUGGGUUGCUGCACUGUAGGAACCACCGCUUGAGGCUUCAUUUGGCUGCUGGCUGGGCUUUCUGCCUUUGGCUCGGAGGGGCUCAGAAGUUGAACAUACCUGUGCCCGGAAAAUCCCUUAUUUUGGCUGCUGAUCCCUUAUUUUCAAGGCUGCUGGUCCCUUAUUUUCAAAUCUGUAAGUUGGCAGCUAUGGAUCUGAUAAAUGAAUAAAUUUGUGGGUAACAGGUUUCUGGGUUUUCAGUCUAAUCCAACAGGGCUCUCUUCCUUUACUCCAGGGUGUGAGACGGGGAAUUGGGUUUGCAUUGCAUAUCUAAGUACGAAACAUGCAAGAGAAUAGGCUCUUUUAAGAAGUGGUGCACUUGGGUCGGUCUUUUUCUGAACAACAAUGGAAGAGUAGGCAUUAGAUUUCUGUGCUUGCUAGGGGAUCCAGAAGCUCCAUAUUUUCCUGCUGAGAAAUUCUGAAUAGUAAGCAGCAUCUAAGUAAAUGAAAUAAACAGAAGUAUUUCUCCUCCUCCUUCUCCUUCUCCUUCUCCUUCUCCUCCUCCUCCUUCUCCUCCUCCUCCUCCUCCUCCUCCUUCUCCUCCUCCUCCUCCUCCUCCUCCUCCUCCUCCUCCUCCUCCUCCUCCUCCUCCUCCUCCUCCUCCUCCUCCUUCUCCUCCUCCUCCUCCUCCUCCUCCUCCUCCUCCUCCUCCUUCUCCUUCUCCUUCUCCUUCUCCUUCUUUCAAUGCAGGCAGAGGUGCCUGGAGCCACAGAGCAGCUGGCCAACUGUGUGAGGCCUGACCUACGCAUCUCUCCAAGCAAUAGUCAGAGCUGCACAGCCUACAGAGUGGACAGACAAAUGUCUUACGGAUUCCUUUUCCCUCCCCGUAAGCUUAAAUUUGGAUAUAGGGCACGGCGGCUACAGAUUCUGACGCUUGCUGGCCAUCUGUGCCAGUCCGAAUGAUGGUGAUGGAACCUGAACAGGGCUCCAAACAAGGGGAAGCAAAUCCAUAUGGGAGAGAACUUGCUGCUUUUGGUUGCUGCUGUUCCCACCGCUGAAGAGGCAAGCUGCUUCAUAAGCUUGAGCAGCAGCAGGUCUCUUUCAGUUUAAUAUCCUCCCAAGUGAUCUCAGGUGAUGCUCUUCCCAAUGCAGAGUUCUGUGAAACCCUGCAUCCUCUAACACUAGCUUGAGAUGAUGUUAAUUUACCAAAAGUAAAUCUGAUUUGUUUUAUAUUACCUCUCUGUCUUCUGUUCCUUGGUACCAAGGUAUAUUUAGCACUGUCCCUUUAGGGAUACAAUAUUAUUUCAGCAUUAUACUAUUGUUUUGCUGGUGGUGUGCAAAAAUCUAUUCUGCAGUCAGACCCAGGUACAUGCCACAGAAAGGAAGAAGUAGGGAGGUGCAGAUUUCAUGCAGCAGCAGAAAAACCUGAACCCAGAAAAACGCGCCCAGGGGGUCCAUGGCGUUAGGGCAACCCAGUCAGAUGGGCGGGGUACUUAUCAUCAUCAUCAUCAUCAUCAUCACCACCACCACCACCACCACCACCACCUGCCAGGGGACUCACUUAUCUUGUUAAUUGCACAGUGAAUUAACCCCCCGCAACUAAAUCUUUGUCAUUUUUGCGUGGUAAUAUCACAAAUUUGGUGGUCUGUUUUUCGUAUACCUAAAAUCCUUUGCUUAUUAGGGUCUACCCCACAUUUUAUUCAAAAAAAUUGCUUUGCACAGGUAGAAGGUGGAAAGAUAAGUCCUUAGGAUCCCUUCCCCCCUGAAUUUUAAGAUACUAUGCUGGUUGUAUUGGGUACAUACACGCUUUUGCUGAUCUUGCAGUUCCUAUACUGGGGACUAAAAGGAGCUAAUGUAUUGGGGAAAAGAGGGGGUUUCUAACUGGAUCUGUGAUGGGGGCAAAGGAUUAACCCCCCCUUCCACAGUCCAGCUCCAGCUCCCCCUGUCAAUUGCCCCAACUAUUUAGGUGUGAAUUUUAGUCCCUUCUACUGUGGCACUGUGGGUUAAACCACAGAGCCUAGGACUUGCUGAUCAGAAGGUUGGCAGUUCGAAUCCCCACAAUGGGGUGAGCUCCCGUUGCUCGAUCCCUGCUCCUGCCAACCUAGCAGUCGAAAGCAUGUCAAAGUGCAAGUAGAUAAAUAGGUACCGCUCCGGCGGGAAGGUAAACGGCAUUUCCGUGCGCUGCUCUGGUUCGCCAGAAACAGCUUAGUUCUGCUGGCCACAUGACCCGGAAGCUGUACGCCGGCUCCCUCGGCCAAUAAAGCGAGAUGAGCACUGCAACCCCAGAGUUGGCCACAAUUGGACCUAAUGGUCAGGGGUCCCUUUACCUUUUUACUAUGGCAAACAUUGCAUUUAGUUUGGCUGUCUGUUUUGUGGCCAAAAGGAGUCCUUUUCCAGUGGACCAAGAACCAGCCAGUACUGUGUGUGCAGAGGCCUGGCCUUUAUAGAGUCCAGGUGUGCCAACUUGGCCCCGCGACUGUGGAUACCUGGGGUGCCACACUGCAUGCAUUGCCCUGGCGCUGAAAUUUGUGGUUGCCUGGACCCUUCAUGGGGAUUUUUGUGGGUGGGCAGGUACCCAGAGCCCCAGGGAGUUGGCACUUAGGCCAGAGUCUUCCCACAGGGCAACUCAUUGAACGAGUUAAAGGAAGAGAAGCUCUACUUGCUAAGGUGUUACCUACUAGCCCCUGGGAUUAAAUGCCUGUACUGUCCUCUUGUCUUAGGAAGAGCUCACAGAAGUCAUAGAGAAGCAUGCAUGCAUAACCAAAUAUCGGAAAGAGUGUCAUCUCAGGUGUUAAGGUCAUCAGAGGGGGUUCUCUUGGUGGUUGCAUCCAGGAAUUUCUGGAAGUGGUGGCUGUUGCCCAGGGCAUUUUCUGUGGCAGCCUCUGAGCUGUGGAGUCCCUGCCCCACAGACGUGUAUCUGACACCUUCCUUACGUAGUUUUCAUAUGAUGUUUGUCCUGUCCUUUAACAACUCAUUUAUCUAUUUGUUUUCAACAGAUUUUUAUACUGCAUUUUUUUCUAUUGUUGUAGCCUGUUCUGGGACCUUAGGAAGGGUAGAGGGAUGCUCAAGAGACCAUCACUAUUUGUGGGUGUGAGGGGGAAGAGGGCUAGAUCAACGCUCUCCCCAUUCAAUGUUUUCUCCAAGUACAGGGGAUAUCUGUCCUUGCAGUGUCUCAGUAGAUACCAUAUCCACCAAUAUAAAGUAAUCCCGACAGAAGGUAUCGUUUUCUCUUUCAGAACUCAGUUCCUCAGCAGAUGCAAAAUACGAUGCUUUUCUAAUAACGAAUGUCAUUCCGAUGUAUCCUGCCUUCAAAAGUACGUACCUGGUUCUGACCUGCAUUGGUAAAACUCUGCUUCUGUCUCUUCGGUGCAUGUGCCUUCCUUCAGAGAGGCAGUGAAUAAGGAAAAUAACUCAUUUAGGGUGCAAGUUCUCUCCAUGGGGCUUAAAAGCUGUAUGAGAACUUACUAGGUCUUAAGCCCCAGCAUCUGCUUUCAAUGCCAGGGCAGAAUCCUUGGGGAAAAUGAGUCAACGUGGUAAUUUCAUCUACCUGGUAAUUUCAAUGUGCACCAGAAAGCAGGGAAAGAUCAGAUUGUGCGUGCAUGUUUUAAAUCAGUACUUUUAAUGUUACGUUUUAACAGUACCGUUCACAAACCUUCUCAUAACUGUAAAGUUCAUGGAAGCAUCAAUCAUAAAAAUAACUCCCCAGCUAUGAGUUUAUGAGGGGCAUUUGCAUGCUACCCCAUAAUGGAAUUUGAUUUAUUAGCAGCUUGCAAUAAAUAAAUAAAGUUAACCAUAAAAUCAAACUACAGAAACAAACAUCGCAAAACCGUCUUCCACUGCCCAAAAUUAAAACAUAGAUUUAAAACUUAGCUGCCCCCAUCUGACUACAUAAGUUUGUGUACAAGGCCUGGUCUUUAUGUGCCACUGAAAAGACCACAGAAAUGGCACCAGGCAAGGCUCCCUAGGAAAGCUAUUCUAUAACCAAGGUGCCAUUACUGAAAAGGCCCUCUCCCUGGUAACUAUCUGCCUCACUUUUCUUGGGAGCUCCACCCAGAGCACAAUCUAGGAAGAGAAUCUUAAGGUUUGGGUAGGUAUAUUUGAGAGAAGGCAGUCUUUAAGUAACCUUUUCCCAAGCUCUUAAUGGCUUUAAAUUGGGCCCAGAAACAGACUAUGAAUACAAAAGCCAACAUCAUGCAUUGUUGUUUAUAUGCCUCCCAUCUGACGGGGUUGCCCCAGCCAUUCUGGGCAGCUUCCAACAGAUUAAAACAUCAUACACAGUAGAACAUCAAACAUUAAAAAAUUCCGUAUACAGGGCUCCCUUAAGGUGUCUGCUGAGAAGGAGGCACCCUGAGCUGAAGAAGACAGCAGAGGCACUCCUCCAGAUGAAUUGUUUAUUUGAGCAUUCAUCCUAAUUUGCUUGCACAGAAGCUAUAUGCCUUCCUGCCAAUCAGUUGCCGUCCCAUACUUUUUAAUGUGCUUCCCCAUCACUUUCCUAACUGCAAGAAGCCUAGAUUAUUAUUUUUUACAAGUGGAUUUGAUGUGACUGAGCACUUUUAAACCACUUGAACUGCAAAACCGUGAGUUUCCAGUGUGCAAUUUAAUCCCUCCCUAGGAAUGCCGACAGACUGGCAGCGACUCAUGAGCGAGUCUGUAAAAGCCUUGGUGCCUAAAUGGGGCCAUUGUAGGCACUGCUUGCCUGCGGAAGGCAUCCUUAAAAAACACAAAAAACAGCACAGGGCAAAUAGCAUGAUCCACCUAAAAGCACAAUGUUGGGGAGCUGCAGUUGGCAUCUAUGUGUGCUUGCAUGCGUAAGGUCAUGUGUAAGGACAGCAAAAGAAUCCCAUCCUGUUUUUGUAGACAAGAACAAUGUGAUAUCUGUGUGGUGCCCAUUGCAAUGCCAGUCUCAGAGUGGCACUGUGUAUUUCCUUUGUUUUGGACUGGCCAGAGGGAGGGAAUUGAGAGAACAAAACAUGGGAACAGGAAAAUAAAAAUAAAAACAGAAAAAAAUAAAAUGAAUUUGUAUGAUCUGCUGAUCUUGGAUACUUGACCCAAAAGCAUGGGAAGUGAAUCUUUGAAUACUGUGCCAGGUUACUGAAUAUGAAUGCAUAAACACAGAAUUGGUGGACUAUGUACUAUGUUUUUAAAAAGAAUUGUCCUUGAGAAUUAUGGUUUUUAUUAAAAGUUUUCAACGUAAAAUACAAUAAAAGCCAAACUAAUCUAGAGAAAAGAAAUAUGAAAAGGGAGAAAAUAAAGGAAGAGGAAGAAAAGAAGAGGAAGUAAAUACAAGGCCCUUUAUCACAAUUAUAACUUAACCCUUAUUCCACAAACAGAAGAGUGAUACCUUCCAACUAUCACCUGGGAGCUUCCCCCUUUUCUCCCAGCUUGGACGGUGCUCUCCGCUCUGCCCCUCAUUCAGGGCUCUUCAUCGUCUGCCAAUCCCCUUCCUGUGUGCAUCUUCAUUAAUCCAAGAUAGAAGACAUCAAAAAAAUCAAAGCAUAAAUAAAUGCAUAUACAGUGGUACCUCGGGUUACAGACACUUCAGGUUACGGACUCCGCUAACCCAGAAAUAGUACUUCAGGUUAAGAACUUUGCUUCAGGAUGAGAACAGAAAUCGUGCUCCGGCGGCGUAGCCGCAGCGGGAGGCCCCAUUAGCUAAAGUGGUACAGUUUCAGGUUAAGAAUGGACCCCCAGAACGAAUUAAGUUCUUAACCUGAGGUACUACUGUAGAAUCAACAGAAGUUUCUCUUUCUUAAUCCACAUGAGAAGUGACUUUUAUAAACCACAUUUCCUCUUAUUGCUUUUAAAGAUAAUUCUCUCUCUCUCUCUCUCUCUCUCUCUCUCUUAAAUUCAGAGGUGUGGAAUUACUUUCAACGGGUUUUGGUGAAGAGAUAUGCCAUUGAGCGGAACGGAGUCAAUGUUAUAAGUGGCCCGAUCUUUGAUUACGACUUCGAUGGUUUGCAUGAUACGCCGGACAAGAUAAAGCUGUAAGAAUCUUCUCCUCUAGGCUGGAGUCUCUUUUGAAUGCCAACCUAGGAGUUGAACUGAACACUGGGACUUAGCUAUGCAUGCAUAAAGUUAAAGUACCCCUGACCAUUAGGUCCGGUCGCGGAUGACUCUGAGGUUGCGUGUUCAUCUUGCUCUAUAGGUUGAGGGAGCUGGUGUUUGUCUGCAGACAGUUUUUCUGGGUUAUGUGGCUAGCAUGACUAAGCCGCUUCUGGAGAACCAGAGCAGUGCAUGUAAAUGCCGUUUACCUUCCCGCCAGUGUGGUGUAGUGGUUAAGAGCAGUAGUCUCAUAAUCUGGGGAACCGGGUUCGUGUCUCCGCUCCUCCACAUGCAGCUGCUGGGUGACCUUGGGCCAGUCACACUUCUUUGAAGUCUCUCAGCCCCACUCACCUCACAGAGUGUUUGUUGUGGGCGAGGAAGUGAAAGGAGAAUGUUGGCCGCUUUGAGACUCCUUAAAGGGAGUGAAAGGCGGGAUAUCAAAUCCAAACUCUUCUUCUUCUUCUAGCAUACCUGUUUCCUUAUGUGUGUGAAGAUGAUUUUGCCAUCAUUCUAGAAGGAACCUUCCAAGUGUUGUUGAACUCCCAAACCCUCAGCAUUCCUGCUGGCCAUGAUAGCUGUUGAAGUCCAACAACAUAUUCUGGAAAACCUAGUAUCCCAACUUUUGUUGCAAAAACUUGAUAUACUAUAAAUCCUUUUUAAUAGGUAGCUGAACUGGGGGCUGUUAUUUACCCAAAAUCUGUUUCAACACGUCCUUUAGGUAUGUUUGUAAUUUUAAAAAAUAACCAAAACCCCUCUCCUUUCUUCUAGGUAUGUGGAAGGAAGUUCAAUCCCAGUCCCAACCCAUUACUAUAGUAUUAUAACAAGUUGUUUAGAUUUCACUCAGCCAGCUGACAAGUGUGAUGGACCACUGUCUGUUCUGUCAUAUAUAUUCCCACACCGUCCAGACAAUGAUGAGAGCUGCUUUGUAAGUUCGAACAGAUACCUUUGCUUUUUUUUCUUCUGAAACCAGGAAACAGGAAGAAAAGAGGGAGUAACUUCCAGUCUUGUUCGGCUGCAGUGAUGUUCUGUCUCUUUGUUCUACCUGAUGCAGGUCAGGAAUUCUGUAAUUAAGCUAAAAGUCCAAAAAGUGAAACUUCCAGCCCAUGCUUUGGAGGUGCAGAAUUUCGCUCCCUUGCAUUUUGGUGCGGGGGGGGGGGGGGGGGCAAAUGGGGUGAAUUUCAGAAGACAGGGAGCAAAAUUUGCUGACACAACACCUGCUUUUCAGAUAUUGGCAACCAGUGUGUAGUCGUUUAAUCCUGAAAGAGGAAAGAAAUAGGAAAGAGCUGUAUUCAUAUUUCAUUUUGAUUUCAUAAAUCGGGUUUAAAUUCCCACUUCAAAUUUUAAUUUGUUUUGACAUUUUUUGUCAGUUUGGAAAAUUAUUGAGAACAAUGAAACAAAUGUGACUGCAGUGAACAUGGUUUGAAAUGAAUUUAAUGACCAAAUACUGAAACAGAAGCAGGGUUUAAUAAUGGGAAAAAGUGAUGCCACAAGAACAGCAGCAAUCUUAUAUGCCCAAAGUUCUAAUAACCUGAGAAUUAUCCAGCACUAAUUUGAAUAAUUCAGGGUGAUAAAUUGUGAAUGUUCACAAACAUGGCCAACCAGGUUGAAAACAACAAGAAAAUGACUUAUAAAAACAUGCUAGAAUUCUCUUUCUCUUUCUCUUUCUCUUUCUCAGUAAAGCAUGUUAAAUCACUGAACUAUGCAAAAGUAUGCAGUUCAUUAAUUUUUAUAUACAGGCAACUCUGAAUUUACGUGGGGGUUACAUAUUGGGGAUGGUACAUAAAGCCAAAAUUGCCUAUAGUCAAAACACAUUGGGCACUGUGGCGGGUGGGAUGACCAACACACAUAUAUUUAUUUGCAUUUCCAGAUGUUGUUAGACUGCAGCUUCUAUCAUCCAGCAGGCCAAUGGUCAAGAAUGAUGAAAGUUGCAGUCCGACAACAUCUGGGGAACCAAGACUGGGAAAGGCUGCUUUUGAGAUGUAAGACUCCCAAGGAACACAGGUAAGCAAUCACAGACUACCUAACACUGUAAGUGCUCUGGGCUUGCUUACCUGUGUUCCUCACAAGUUAUGCUUAUUAAGCCUAUUUACACAGCAGAAGAGUUCCAUUGUGAAAACAGGCAUAGGCAGCUGUAUUUGCCAUCUGCUUCUGUUGAUUUAAACAUAUAGAGAUUUGCACUCAGCUUCUUUUCCGAUGGGAACAGUUUGGUGUGUGCGUCUCUCCUCUAAGCACUCUUAAGGGCUUGGAUGAACCAUUUAACACAUCCAUACUUGGCUAGAGAGGUGCUACUUCUUCACAAUUAAUCAUUGCAAGUAGUAGCAAUCAUCUCUAGAGUGCUAUCAGUAAAGAGGAGAGGAAGUAAAGUCGUUUUCUCAAGGGGAGAGGAGAGGUAAAAAGAGAUGGAGGCAAAAGCAGUUUAUAGACUCUAUAAUAACAAAUUGUAAGUUUUGUGUGUGAGUGAGAGAGGUGUAUACACACUUGUACAAGUAUAAUGUAUGCAAGGUAUAUUUUGAGCAGAGGGUCAGAAAAGAGCAGGUAUUUAGCUGUUCUAUUUGCUGGUGGUUUAUUGUUUAAAACAACCCCCUUCCACAAACGCAGAACUGUGUGUCCCCCCAAAUAUGUUUGCUUGUGUGUGCUUUUACGGAGGCGAGCAGAAAACAGCAAGCAGGGAAAGAGCGCAAAGCAACCCUUUUCUUCCUGCCAGACCUCAGUUUUAUAAUCUCAGUAGCUGGAGCAGGUGAUGCAGGUUUUCUGUGGAAAUUUUUUAUUUUCAGUUUGCAUCAGGGUUAACAUUCUGAUGUCCUGGAAUGUCAGGUGGGGGAAAAUAUUUGACUCACAAAACAAUGUCUUAAAUAUGUGAAAUAUACUCGGAGUCCUGUACUGAUUUCAUGCUCUUUAUUGUAGCUUGUAAAACAGUGAUUGAAUUGCCCCCCAAACCUCAGGCUUUUAUAUAAAAGCCAAACCUCAGGCUUUUAUAUAUAUAAAAGGAUGUCACAUAGAGGAGGGAGAAAGGUUGUUUUCUGCUGCUCCAGAGAAGCGGACACGGAGCAAUGGAUCCAAACUACAAGAAAGAAGAUUCCACCUAAACAUUAGGAAGAACUUCCUGACAGUAAGAGCUGUUUGACAGUGGAAUUUGCUGCCAAGGAGUGUGGUGGAGUCUCCUUCUUUGGAGGUCUUUAAGCAGAGGCUUGACAACCAUAUGUCAGGAGUGCUCUGAUGGUGUUUCCUGCUUGGCAGGGGGUUGGACUCGAUGGCCCUUGUGGUCUCUUCCAACUCUGAUUCUAUGAUUCUAUAUACAUUAGUUACACAAUGAGUCCUGUCUGAUUGGCUGAUUCUGCUUCCCUCCUGGAACCUGACUGGUCUUCUCCUGCAAGCCAAUCAGUUGUUGCAUUCUAGGAUCCUACUUGCCUAUUGGUCUAGGAUCCAAGCUUAGUACAUAACAAUAUGUAACUGCUCUGGAUUUUCAAGAUGGUUUCAAAUGACACAGCACCACCUGGUGGCUGCGUACAACCUUCCAAUAUGGCAGUUGCAUCCAUGUGGGGAGCCAGUCGCCUUCUGUAGGGCCUAGAGGUAAACCCAACCGUUGCUAGCCUCUUGGUGACAGCAGUGUGAUUGGAAUCACCUCACAGCCAUGUAGAACCAGGCUGCGUGACGCUACGUGUUGUGUGAAAUACAACAUUUUGGUUUAGAAGGCAGCCUUAAACAGGGAUCCUUACAUUUUUUAGUAGUCAGCAUCUUAUAUUAAAUAUUGCCAUGAAAUACCAAAAAUCUGGAACAAAUGUAAAAUAGUGAAUGGGAGCUGAAGUAUUCAAAACCGACCUGGUGCUUGGAUAGCAUGAGACAAUCUUGGGGUUGUGUGUUUUAGCUCCACGUUGAAUAAUAAUAAUAAUAAUAAUAAUAAUAAUAAUAAUAAUUUAUUAUUUAUACCCCACCCAUCUGGCUAGGCUUCCCCAGUCACUCUGGGCGGCUUCCAACAAAGUAUUAAAAUACAUUAAUGCAUCAAACAUUAAAAGCUUACCUUUUAAUGCCUUCAGAUGUCUGCCUUCAGAUGUCUUCUAAAAGUCUGGUAGCUGUUGUUCUCUUUGACAUCUGGUGGGAGGGCUUUCCACAGGGCGGGUGCCACUACCGAGAAGGCCCUCUGCAAAUUCCUGCAUUUGCAGGGGCUUGGACUAGAUCACCCUCGUGGUCCCUUCCAACUCUACAGCUCAUGGGUAGGCAAACUAAGGCCCGGGGGCCAGAUCCAGCCCAAUUGCCUUCUAAAUCCAGCCUGUGGACGGUCCAGGAAUCAGCGUGUUUUUACAAGAGUAGAAUGUGUCCUUUUAUUUAAAAUGCAUCUCUGGGUUAUUUGUGGGGCAUAGGAAUUUGUUCAUUUCCCCCCAAACAAUAUAGUCCGGCCCCCCACAAGGUCUGAGGGACAGUGGACCGGCCCCCAAGUUUGCUGACCCCUGCUACAGCUCUAUGAUUCUAUGAGACACCAACUUUCCCUGUGGGUUCAUCUUAACAAAUUGCAAACCCUCUCUUUAUAAAGACCAUAGUUUAAGUAAAGUAAAUUAUGGAGAGUGGGACGCUCACUUUAAGAAGGGAGAGUGCAUGUCUGAAUGAACGAAUGAAACUUUAUUUGCGUCAGCUAUCGGCCAUAGCAACAAAAGAACAUUGCGGUAUACACAGAACAAAAUAAAAUAGUCACAUUGCCUUUCCAUUCCAGAACUCCUCCGAGGAUGAAUCCCGGUGGGUUGAAGACCUCUUGAAAAUGCACACCGCCAGAGUACGCGACAUUGAGCAGCUCACUAGCUUGGAUUUCUUCCGGAAGACCAGCCGAAGCUACACAGAAAUCCUCUCUUUAAAGACAUACCUGCAUACAUUUGAAAGCGAUAUUUAACCUUCCUCUUUAAACUCAGCCCAUCCAUCCUCUCAUGAAGUGGUGUAUAUUUUUAUAUUAUAUUUAUUAAUUUGAAACAGGACAUUAAAAUUAUUAGUCGUAUUUUUUGUUUGUUUGUUAAUCUUGCAUCAAAUCUUAAAAUAUAUUAAAGUCUUGUGUCAGUUGUUUUUGAUUUUAUUUUAUUUUUAACAUAGGGUGUAUGUUUUGGUCUCUCCCUGUCUGCCUUCCCUUGCCCCCGAGCUGAGAUUUUUUGAGUGCUUGCUGACACUCAAGUCUCUUGGUCAAAGCUUUUUCAAAUGGUGCUGCAGAGUUGAUUAAUUACUUGGAGGAAACCUUUUAAUUUUUCCAGCACUCCCUUACCUUCUGGUUUUGUUUUUUGUUUUUUGUUUAGUCCUGUACUGUGUAUCAAACAUGUAAAAUGACAAUUACUGUUAACUAUGUGAUAGACAUAUUUAAGCUCCAUAGAGAAUAGAAACUUAAAUAUAAUAAAACCACACAUUCAGGUUU